AUAGUUGAGUCUCAUGUUUACGUGGAAACAUGGCGGCGGACUACCAACAAGGAGACAGCACCUAGUAAACGCGAAUGAAAGCCGGACAAGAGAUACCGAGCUGUUAGUGUUUUAGAGUUUUUUCGAUAAUAUUUCGCAUGAAGCAGUUUUCCUCUUGUUUUAGCCACAGGGACCGCGGAGAUGGAAGACGAGGAGAGGCAGAAAAAGCUGGAGGCCGGCAAAGCAAAGGUAGGAUUCUCUGUUUCUGGUUGUUAGCAGAACUCACUCUCACUUCUUUUUAUACUUUAAAGUAGUUUGUCAGUGUUGAUGACAGCUUAUUUUCGUCACAGCUGGGUCUGUCAGCUGUUAAUGUCCCCCCCUCCCUCCCCUUCUUACCCCCUUCACAACUGUCAGUCCCACCAAACAUGCGCCCCCCUUUGACAGCCGGGGUGUUAGCAUAGCCUCUGCUAGCAACAGACGCCUUUGUCAUGCUGCAUGUCUGAAGCGUUUCUGUAGCCUUUGCAAUCACUGUUUUUUGUCUUCAAAACGUGCACGCAAUGCUUGUCCAAUCCCUCAGUGGUUAAGAUGUCACUUCGUUAUCAGAGGGUGAUAAAUGCCACUUUAAGUGAGGCUGACAGGCUGGUGUAACAGGAUUUACAGGACGUGUCCCCAACAAUAGCAGCAGACACAGGCCAAACUUGUGCUAUAUUGGCUUUAUCAAUCAGUAGCAUGGCUUUAUCAAUCAGCUGUCACAUCGUGUAAGGACAGUCUCCAUCUCUCUUGAAGCUCCUGCAUUGUUGAGAGUACAAAAGGUCCUCAUGAUUUUGCCUAAGACACGAUUAGUAUUACAUGUAAUAUAAUUGACCUCCACUUGGUGAAUAAUGUUCCUAAUGUGUAGUCUCAUUGCAAAACCCCUUAAAGAUAUCUCACUGACUAGAGGAAUGGUAUGUAAUGUGUUGGCAUUCAUUGAGUGAGGAGUGGCUGAAAAAGCUGUAAGUCAGCACAGAAGUCACAAAAAUCUUCACUAUACAGCUAUUUGAUACUCACCAACUCACAAGUUUGAUCAGGUAUGACUCUCCCAACAACAUACAUUAAAGGGAUAUUCUAGCGUAAAAUUAAUUUAAGGUUAAACACACCGUAACACUGAGUUAGACACCCCCUUGAGAGAUGAAUGUUGCUGACAGCUUGCUUCUGUAGUUAUACCAACUUUAGUAACAACCGCACGAUAGCAAUACACAGCAGUCUGAGGAGCCAUAAACAAACAUCAACCAAAACUUCACUCUAUAGCCACAAAUGAUACUCAGAACAGCACCUAACUUCAUCAACUGUACAUAUAGGGUCCCAGCCACAGCGCUAACCACCAAACAUCUUUUUAACUUUGCCUUAUUUCUUUAGCAAAGAGACUAAACACAAUUCACCUACUCUCUUCCAGCAGCCACUUGUUUGUAGCAAGACCUCGGACCAGUCCAUUACAGACUACAGCGGGGUUACGCAGCUCAAGGAAGAACAUUUAUGAUCAUGGAAAUGCAAUCAGAUAGCAGAUUGCUAUCGUGCAGUCGUUACUAAAGUUGGUAUAACUAGAGAAGCAAGCGUCAGCAACAUUUAUCUCUCAAGGGGCUGUCUAACUUGGUGUUAUGGUGUGUUUGACCCCUAAAUUAAUUUUACGCCGGAAUAUCCCUUUAACAUGCAUCUUGUAUUUAGAAGUCAGUAGGCUCAAAAAGGAGCUACACUCGUUUUAUCAUCCCUCUCAACACUUUAGUUGUGUCUAUUGCUCAUUCUAGGUUUCAUUCUGAAGUUGCUGCUGCUCUAGCUGGUGGGAAAGGUUACAAGUACGACCGUCUCUGUGGUUCUGACUUUGGUAUUCAGGUUUUAUAAAAGGCCCCUCUGUGCUGUAGGGGGAUAUGACUGCAGUUUUUCAACACAGUGCCAUGUCACCAUGUCCUCACAUGCUGGGUAGGAACUUGACUUGUUACUCCACAGAAUGACACGUUGACAACACUGAACAGGUUUUCAUUAUUUGUUGUAAAAGCCUCAUACACUCAGACUGGUUUUUGCUCAGUCAAUCAUCACAUUAUAAACUGAUUAAGACCACAACGCAAAUCACAGACUAUUGAGUAUUGAGCUUGAAACAUGUGUUUUUCUGAUUGGUUGAAAUCUAGGUUGUGAGAUUAUGGUUCGUAAAUUAGUAGCAGAAGCCGUGCUUGUUAAAUGUGUUUUUUGGUUCACACACAUGCAGAAGUUACACUGAUGACUGAGGCAACAGAAUAAGGUCAAUCAUCUGUUGUUCAGUUUAUGUUGAAUUCAGUUAUGUCUGUGCAUGUGCAUUUUGAGUAAGAUAUAGUGCUGCUUUCACUUUUUACAUCCACUUUGUAGCAACAUGGUCCCAUACUGGCAGUUUGCAUUACCAGUGCGUUAAAGUUCAGUCCUCCAGUUGCACAAAGGAGGAGAUUUUGUGUCAUGCCGAGACUUUAAUGAUGCAGGGUCAGAGAAACUCACAGGAGUGUCAGAUAUGACACCUCUUCUCAUCAACUGGAAGGAGGACUCGGUGAAAUUUACACUGCCUCUUUGUGACUUUCUUCCCCUCCAGUAUUUUACCUCAAUCAGACUAUCUAAUCCCACAGUCAGAAGACAAUCCAGUGACUCCUCUGUAGUGCCACUCACAGGGAAUUUGACUGUAAACACACAUGUAGCUAAAAGCUGCUUCAAUCAUUAGCUGAAACAAGUCAGUAUAUUAGAUCGGCUUCUUUUUUUAAUCCCCUUUUUGAAGGUAGAUCUGUUUCCAAAUUGAUCGAAGGAAAUUCUCUCUCCUUGCAGAUUUUUCCUUUUUUUAAUUUAAUCUUUCUGCCUGGAGGAAAGUGCUCUGUCCGUCCAUUAUUCCACCAUCACACAGAAUGCUGAACAGCAUUGAUUUUUCUAAUGAAACUAUAGGGAAUGUCAUGCCCCUGCCCAUUUGCUGCUCCAGUAAAGGGAGAGGGAAGUAGGGUGAAGUGGUUUUUAAUUUCUCUCAGGGGAUGCACACAUCCUUCAUAGAAGACGACACCAUUAUUUGUAUCACUCCUUAUUUCAUGUAGCUACUCACUCAAUGUGUGCUGGUAACUUUACCAGUUACUCGAACAGGUUUGAUUGUAGGGUGGAUGUGUUUACUUUGCAUUCAGGUUAAACUUGGUAUCAUCUGCAUAACGAGACAAUAGGACAGUUUUGUCCCAUAGAUACAGAUUUUAUUAUUUGUCUUUAUUUCUGUCAGAACUUGCUAUAGCUAAUUAUAUAGCUAAUAUGUCUCUGUACUAUUAACUGCAAAGUAAGGUGCAAAAUAUAACACUCCCAUACAGAAGUCUGUCAAGCAAAGACAACCUAUAAAAGUCGUAUGUGACAGUCCUGUCCUGCAGUUUUAUCGUCUAAAGGUCAGUGUCAGGCAGCACUUCAAGUUUGAGGACAGUGAAAGGUACAAGUUGAUCUACUUGAGGUUGGAAGUGAAUGCUUAAUCCUUCAGCAGACUAAUCAUGAAUGUACAUCCCAGUGUGUUGAAUUCACCCACUUGACCACAAUGACUUGUUCAUCCUAUUAAUCUGUAAUUGACAGACACAAUGAGUUUAAUCGUAGGCUGCAGUCUUAACCCUGUUGAUAUAUCUGAAUAUAAAACAGUGAAUACUUGUAAAUCUGCUUUAAUUCACCACUCUUCUGCUUGAGGAAGGACUGAUAAGUGAUUAAUUGAAUGGGGUAGUUUAACGACUGCCUAGUCUUGAUUAGAUAUGACCUAAUAAUCCCAAUCCUCUGUGCAGUUCUAGGAGCUUUUGCGUUGAUAAGAAGGCUUCCGUGAGGAGUUAUAAAGUUGAUAUAAAACAGACAGAAAAACAAAAAUGACUUUUUAUGCUCAACAAAAACAACAAAGGCCGUCAAAAUUAAGACUGAUAAUUAUUAAUUGUUAAUUUUUUGUGUGAAAGUGCUGCUUUGGGGUAGGUGUCAUAAGUUGCUUUCCCAUACCAGAAGCAGUACAAUAAGGUGUGUAGGUUUUACCGUCAAUAUAAGAGAAAGGGUUUUUAGGCAGGACUUUGCAAUUGUAUUCCCAGAAUAGGCCAUUAAUCCAGGCAGCAGCUUGUUUGUUUGAGAUUAAGAUUUAACUCCUCAGCCCCAAAAAACCUCUGCAGAUUUUUCUGUUUCGCAGUCAGUUUGAAUCUUUUUUUUUUUUAGUUACACAAAAAGUGUUCAAACAAGCAGAAUAAACCCCCCUUGAGAAAGCUAUGUGCUGUUCAAAACAUCCCUAGCAGCAGUGCGAGGAGACUUCAGGGAGGAUGGGCAUGUUUGCACACAUCCAGCGUCUGUUAAAUGCACAUCUUAAAAAUCACUACUAAAACCCCUCGAAGCCUUUUGAAUUUUUAUGCCAGUCCAGCUCUGCUUCAACCUCUCCACACGUUGCUCCAGUUGCUGUUGUUCUGUUUCCAGGGCCGCUCUCUAUUGUUGCUUGUGAAGGGGAAUGUGUUCAUAAAGCACAAGGUUUUCUACCAUAUAGCAGCUGUGUGUGUGUGUGGUGUUGACUAACCCAGUGUUUGCUGGCAGUCUCAUUGACACAUGACAUUGGAGGCAGCGCGCUUCCCUCUCUGAGCUCUGCUGCAGUGCUGUGUUUCAGUCCCGAUUGAGUAUUUAUAGCUGUGUGUCUUACAGGCAGCAGCAGAGCGAGCACAUAAAAACACCUGGUUACUUUAUUUUAAGAGACUUUUUAAAACUGAUACCUCAAAGCAUAAAUAAAUUAAGCAUGCAGUGAGUUACAUUAGCUUCAGACGGACUUUUGUUUUCAGCAUGCUUUAUUCCUUAGGCACUGAAGUUAUGAUUCACAGAGAAGAUCUCUGACUUUCUCCUGUUGUUGUUCAGCAAAUACUGCAGACGCAAUAGUGUUCAGCUGGGAUUGGAAGGUAUACUUGCUUAUCUUGGAUCCCAUAUUGUGUUUUGAUUCCUUUUAAAUAAAAAAAAAAUAUUUCAAAUCUUUCACACAUGUAUUAAUUUUUGCAUUUUUGGUCUAAACUUGUCUAAACUGAAGAUUGUCUGGAAUCAAUUCUGAUGAUCAGUUCCAGCUUUUGCCCAAAACGGUGAAUAUAUAGAGGCUGAUAAAAUACAUAUCUAAAAACAGAUAUUUUCUCACUCAUCUCCAAGUCACAGUACACUGAAAAAAUAAAAGCCUCACAAAAGACGGUUCUGUUUUGGCGCUCAUCUCCGCCAGGUUGUGAUUACUAUGUAGAUGAUCUCACAGUAGUUUGUUAUUGAUGGUGUCCAUCAGCUGCUAUAAGACAGGGUUAGAAAAAAAAAAGAAAAACGAGCCUGUGUUAAAAAUCGGUUGUGUAAAUGUUUUCAGACAGCAGAUGGUGUUACACCUACGUAGUCUCUGCUUCUCCAGAUGGUGAUGCUGCUACACAGGCUUCAAAACUCCAUAUGCUCUGCCAAUGCUCUGCUCUGGCCAGCCAAAUAGGGCAGCCUGCUAUGAUAAGUAGUUUAACCACAGACCGGGGUACCCAUGAUUCUCUAAAAACUCUGGAAGAUUUCUGUUAACUGGUGUCCUGCUGGUUUGUUCUUCUAAUAAGUGAAACUGAAGGACAGCCUUCAUAGCCUCUAUCACCAGAUUCUCUCUCCUGUAAGAAAGACAUUCACUCAUAUCUUCUUUGUGCUCUGGUAUUUCCUAGAUAAAGCUCUAAGGGAGACACAGAUAGAUGGUGGUCCUUUGAGCUGUUGGAAUGGUGUAGGUGGGGGACGUGACCAUGACGCCCACGCUUAGCUCCAACCUUUUGUACAUCAUCAUCGCCAAACCAGACCUGUCAGACAGGGCUUAGUUUAACGCUGAAUUUGAUUGUGAGAGAUGGGGGUCAUUUCUUCCAGAUUUUGAUCUAUUUCUGUUUGAUUUACCCACGUAUUUGGUAAUUAAAGAGCUCUGUGACUCUCUAAGUAUGAGAUAAUCCAACAACCUUCAGUUUUUGCUGACAGCUCAUGACAAACUGUUGUAAGAUUUAUCUAAAAAUAGUUUGAGUAUUAUUAGAUGAUGACAAAAACCCGUUUGCAAACCUAGGGCUGGCACUUGAGUGGGUUUUUGAGGGGUAAUAUGACCUGUACGUACUAUCAAAGGCGGUAUUGCUGUGUGUGUUUUUGCAAAGGGGAGAGUCUUCAACAGUCCUUGGUUGAUACUGUAUCUAGAAAGGGCCAAGAGUCUCUCCUUGUGCUGAGUACCCCAAGGGAAGAGGAGCCAACAGGUUUGGGGACACUCAGCAAGUCCUGGCUGAGUGGCACUUGCUAUUUAUGCACAGCAUUUCAGUGCUGGACCAGACUUAGGCCGUCACAAUGCCUAUGAACAUACACAUCGCUCUUUGAAACUGUGUAUUACUGCUUGUAAACACACAUAACAACACUGUUCCACCCUGACAGCUUCAGUAUUACUCCUCUGUAACUGCCUCUGAGUGGGGAUCCGAGGUAGAAUGUCCUUGCUCCACUUUUACACCUACAGGAGAGACAAGACAGGGGUGUAAAUACCACUGAAUGUGUCCCCUCAAAGAAAGAGAGGGUCACCAUCAAUAGGUCGUGUAAUUCUGUUGGGGAGAUAGGGGAAUGAUAGAGAAACCUAGAAGGGUUGAACAGGAAAAUCUGCCCACUCAAUCUGAACCAAGAUUAUGCUUGUUUAUCAGACUUCUGAGCAGGUCAUAGAUUAGAUUAGAUAGAUAGAAAGGAUCUCUUCUGAGCAGCCUGGCUCCCAAGCACCCCAGACUAAAGGUGGAUGAUGAACUUCAUUGUCAUACCAUCAAAUCUACGACUGUAUAUCUUAGACGCUCACAUCACAGAAGUUGCUGAGAAACUCCUCGGUGGGACCAACAGUUGAGAUUUUACCAAAGAUUGUGACGACCCAGUAUUGGCCAAUACUAGCUGGAAUUCUCCUUUCUGUUGCUGUGAUGAGCUUGAUCGGGUGGGUCGUUAAAGUUGAGGGUUAGAGGUGGACCAGCUCUUAUCCAUGGGGGGUCAUAGAAGUGUACUUAUCCAGGCUACAAGUGUUUUGUUGACCUAAGGAAGGGCUCAGUUGUGCUCCCCUGGGGGUCUUCUUGAAAAUACUGCUAACAUAUUGGGUCUUUGUAGAAGCACAGGGAAAGCUCGUGGUUGGUCUCAUGUAACUAUUUUUACUAUUUAGAACUGCAUGUGGUUCUGUUAGCUUCGGAACUAUUGCUACGUUCGAGUUACCUCGGAAGUCAGAUGUUGAGGCUGAAAAUGACGUCACACCCGGAAUCCCAGCAUUUCAGUUACCAAGUCAGAAAAAAGCAAAAUGGGAGGCCUGACACAUGAUGGUUACAUCUACGAAAGUUAUUUUAGUGCUUGCCUUUUAUUCGGACAAGGCAAGCUAAAAUAACUUUCUUAGAUGUAGCCAUCUUGUUUCCGCCUCCGACUUUGCUUUUUCUGACUUGGUAACUGAAACGCUGGUAACUCGGGGGUGCCGUCAUUUUCAGCUCGGACUUCUGACUUCCGAGGUAACUCGAACGCACCAUGUGAUGGGACCUCUCUUGUUAUUCUCGGUAACAAUGAUGUGAAUGGAGAGAUGGGUUGCUCCAGCCUGCAGUUUACUAAAGACAAAAGUCAAAGCUUUAGAUUUACCCCUUUGUCUACCUUCAACCUUCACUUGUGGUCAGGAGAUUUGAGUAGCGACUAAAAGAGUGAGAUUGCAGAGUCAAGCAGCCAAAAUGAUUUGGCGGCUCGGCUCAGUCUUAAAGACAAGAUAAGGAGCUCAGACAUCUGGAGGCAGCUCAGGAUAAAUCUGUGACUUGUUUCCACCUAAAGGACUCUGUUGAUUUGGGGUGCUCCCCUUAGGAGGUUUUCUGGACAUAUCCAAAUGGGUGGAGGACUAGAGGCCUGCUGAGGAGAUCCCAUCUGGCCUGAGAGUGCCCUGUCUCUGAGGAAGAUUUUGAAUGUUCCUGGGGAUAAGGACCUUCAGGGUAAAAUUGCCCAGCCUGCUGCCUUACUGAAGGAAAAACAUGAACAAAUCUAUCAUGUUUAUAUAACUGUAUACAUUUUUAAUAUGAAGCAGCACAGGUGUUCCUGAAGUUUGUUCAGGUAUCGAACCAAACACGUCUAGUAUCAUUUUAGACAUACAAUCAUUGUUCCAGUGACACCUGCUCAGCUGUUGUAAUUUUGAAAGACUCAGGUGUGUGUUAUCAGCAGUAACUUCAUUGUAACUGCACUGGGAAAACCAGAUGUGUUUUCUGAGUCCAAAGUAAAACACACGGUCAGUGAAGUUGCAGACAUGUUCCUGUCAUUAUCCUGACUCUGAGACUUUGCCUCUUGUGAAGUAAAGACGGUUCAUGAUGACGUAUGUAAAGCCAUGUGUGUGCCGUAUUAUCGUGCUCGGGCCACAUGGGGCCUGGAGCAGUGUGAGUGCGGGCAAGCGGGUGACAAGGGAGUGGGGAUAGCCGUGCAUCUCGGGUUAUGACUUGUGCCAUGCAGCUAUACGGGCUUUUUAAGGACAUGCGUACAGGCAUUAGGGCAGUAUCCUUAGCAACAGUUCGUCUAUAUCUAAGGCAAUCUACGCUGCCUGUCUGCCCUGCGUCAGCUGACCCUGCAGGCGUUUCACUGUCAGCAGUUGCUCAUACAAAAUGCAUAACACAUACCAGUAGUACUCCCAUUCAGGACUGUGCUGUCCCUUCUUAUCCUAAUUCGGUGUAAGCUACUCCUGCUGCUUUCGUUACAUCCAAAAUUAGUUUGAAUGCGUGAGAGAAGCAAAGGCAGGAUUACAGAGUGUGUAAUUAAAAUACCUGGAAGUGUGUUCAGGUGCUUCAUGGAGAUAUGUGUUUUGGAUAGAAGAUAUUAACUAUGAUAAAACAACUUUAUCAUGAAAUUUUGAUCAUGAAAACACUGUUUUUAACCUUUUUUUAAGGGUCAAAGUAAAGAAAUCAGUGCUCAUAAUUUUCAUGGUCACUCAGAGAUUAAAAUUCUUCUGGCUCUACCUCUUUAAAAGUGAAAAUAUUUCCUCUUUAACACAAGUUACGGCUUAACUUACAGACAAAAGUUUAAAGUUCGCAUUUUUAAGUUUUUGUUUCUUUUAAAAAAGGCAUUUUAGGAAUUGACUGGGACAAUCCAAUCACAUGCAUGCUGUAAAAUGAAAAAUAUAUGGUAUAAAACAGGCAGAAAGUGUAAUAUUUACUUAGAGGAUAUAAAAGGGUGACUCGUUUAUUGUCCUCAGUAACCCUAACUAAUAACUUCUAGAUAUAAAAAAUUCAGAAUCUCAAAAUCGACAAACGACAGGAUAUUUGUUUUUGAGUAAAGCUUAAAAAAGGAAACAGUCCUUUUAUUGGCUGUUUGACAGAUCAUUGACAUAGUUUGACAGCGUAAUCCCUUUAGUCAGGAUUAGCACCUCGCACAGCAAGAGGCGUUUGCCGGGUCAAAGGGAGGGAGGACUCGCUCCGAGCAGGGAAGAAGCCUUUUUGGGGCACACAAUGUUUCGUUUGAGUUUUGCCAACCUGUGUCAACUCAACGUGGGUUCAUACGUUUAUGUUUUUCUCCUUUUCUCUGAAGUUAUGAGUCUGUGCGAGGCAAAGUCAUGAAAUUGUAAAAAAAGGAUAAGGCAGGUGGCUCUUCAAUUGACGAAUUAGGGUCACAUAAACAAAGAUCUAAACUGAGACACUGGCUGGCAUAGCUGACGAGAACAACACUGAUAUGUUUGUCGUAUUGUUUGCUGACGCUUUUUAACUUCCCAGGACAAGCGGAGAAACUGCCAAUUCUACCCGUAACACUGUUCUGUUGUCCUUCUGUCCCCUCCAGCUAGCUGAGUAUCGCCAGAGGAAAGCUCACGCUGACUCCCAAAAGAAACAGAAGAAGAAGAAGAAAAAGAAGGAGGACUCGGAAGGGGAUUCACAGGGAAGGGUGGAGGUCGAGCCGGAUCAAUCCGAGGUAGCUGAGGAGGUCUUGGGCGCAGAGCAACAUGGACCGCAAGAGGGGAGUAAAGACCCGCCCACCAAGGAGUUUACUUUCUCUCGGACGCUGCGGAGUGGAGAGAUCGUCAAGCACGACCAGUCCUACACCAUAGAGGUAGGCGCUUACACUAAAUCCUAUCAGUUUUAUUACUUAUAGUAGUUUCUACUGGCAGUUACGCUCCACAUACUGUAUACUGAGUGCGCUGCUUUGCAUGAUAAAUCUAGGAGGUGGUACAAAUUAGGCAUCUGUGAGGUCAAAUUGAAAACUCAAAUGAGUAAGGCUCCAGUUUUUCUCAUGCUAAGCUGUCAGUGAUUUCAUAUUUCAUACUUGAUGUGUUCAUAGUUAUUGAUAUAUGUGAAAAUAGAGAUUGUUGUCCACUGGAGCUAAACGAACCAGCUUUAACUGCUGUGAUAACAAGCCCCUGUGGGAGCACAGAGAAAAGUGAUCUAAAAAUUCAGCUGGAAAAAUUAAAUUGAAAGAUUAUUUGUUUGCCAUUGAUUGAAGAUGUGAAGGGCUACAGGUGUCACACCAUAAAUAAUGCAUUGGAGACUUCUUUGGGAUUUUCUCAUCGAUUUUACCUCCAUUGCACAAAGUAUUUUUUUUCUUGAAUAUUAUACUUGAUUUCAGAGCACAAACAUAUUUAAAAAAAAAGGAUAAUAUUUUUGCCAACCCUGAGAAUUUCCCUUCGGGGAUCAAUAAAGUUCUUCUUCUUCUUAAAAAUACAACAUAUACAUUUCCUUGUUCUAUCUUCUAUUGUCUGUUUAAAAUUUAAAAAGAGAAACAAUCUGAAUGCUUCAAGUCAUACUGGAGAUUUGGUUGGACUGUGAAUCUUUAGAUCUGCCUUUGCAUUAUUCAUCACUGAUAUAUCCCAUCAUCACUAAUGCCGUUUGAACAAAACAACAUGAAGGUGAUAAAACUGAAUGUUGGUGCUUUAUAUAAAUCCACCUCAUUCUCUAAAAUGAUGUGCUACUGCUGCAUUUAUUUGAUGAAUGGUCUGCAAAUUUUGUUUAUUCCCACGAAAUCCUUUUUUUUAAUGAUGAUCAGUAAAUAAAUACUUUGAAUAAAGGGAAUUUUCACCUGGCUCUAUAGUGGUUCAAAUGAAAUACACUUAACCGCCUGCAUUAUUCUUUAAAAAAAUCUCAUUUUCUUUCAUAAAGCACUAAAUCAUUAUGAAAAUUAUCCCACAUAGAGCAGGUUGAGGCUGAACUCUGUCAUGCAUUUUUUACAGAGAGCUUACACUGCCCCAUUAUGUGCAAGUACCUGGCAACAGACAGACAGACGAGAGAAAAAGAGUCUUUCUUUGUGACUGACAGAAAUCCUGGGUAAAACUAGACACAUUGAUGAACGGCCUCGUGCUUCAAAUGGCUCCAAAUGGCUCCAAAUGGCUGGGUCAGGAAAGUAGAAUAGAGGGAGAUGCAGACAUAGAAAUGAAGAAGACAAAAACAGACAUGCAGGUUUAUAGUUCAGAUGAGUGAAUAAUAAAGUAUGUGUACACCGCAGAGUUUCAAGUUAUUUAAGCAGAUUUUUUGGUCUGACUAAGAACAGCAAAAAGUGAGCACUUUUCAUUUAAGUUUGCUGCCACACACGUCAUCACAGUCUGUGGGGUUAGCAAUGGCAAAUUAUCCCUUGGUCCUCUUUGUACACUUUGAAACGCUGCCAAAGCAACAUACAAUCAGUCAUCUGUGUUUUUUACAUCUGGGCGGACGGGCAUUGAAGCAGUACAACUGGAGCUGCAACCCAGUCUAGUGGCUUAAAUACAACAUAUGACUGGCUGUGAAAUGUCUUCUCAUCAUUCCUUUCACCACUUUGUAAUUGUGGUGUUGACCAGAAAGGAUGACAAUGUUAAACCGCUAAGUUAAUAAUAGUUGAAGCAUUACUGAUUGUAUUUGCAAGAGGUCUAAUCUGAUCAUCUAGAGCUAUAAAAACAAGAUUAUAUAAGACAUAAAUUGUGUUCGGAUGAGUAUCGACACCUGAGAGCUCUUGUCAUUUUUUCCUUGAGCCCCUCUGACUCUCGUUUAACUGAGUCUGCACAGCCACCUUUCCCUCCCCUGAACCCGCUGUUCAUUUGAUGCGGUACACACCCACAAAACUCCCGGUUUCUAUGGUAACAGACAAUUGCCUUUUAAACAGGUUGAGGUGUGUUGCCCUGAUCGAGCAUUUCCUGUGGCUUUGCACCACUUUAUUUUGAGAUUUUACGGCUGUCUGACUGGAUGGGUGCCGCUCCGCAAGUUUAUUUUUUUUUACCUUUUGAGGGACGAAUAUCUCGUCUGUUACACAAGGCAGAGAUGCGUACUGUUGCCUUCUGCUGCAUAGAUGAGAGCUGUUAUGUAUUACCAACAAAUGAAAGUCGUGAGUGAGCGGAGACUGAGCCACACAGCGCAUUAACUGUGAAUCACCCAUGUAGAUAAAUUAAUAACCUGUUUACUCUCCCCUACAAUUUUCACAAUCAGUUUUUCACUUACGGAGACGGACUGGUCCUGGGGCUUGUUUCUCCUCCGAGAUUUCAUUGUGAUGCUGCUCGCUGUGAGCAGGAAGGUGUUGCUGUGGAAACACAACACCAUCAAAGUUUUCCAUUCUGAAGUCGUACACAGGCCUUUUGAAGGAGGUUGUCAUUACAUAUACAAGUGUGCGGACUCAUGGAGGCAUCGGAGACAACAGCACUUGAAAAGCAGACUCAUCAACAAGCUCAGACGUGAUCAAGUUUUAUUUAAAUCUCGGCUGAUAAUCUUCUUUUCUGCAAUCAAUCAAAGACAAACCUCUGAUUUCCUCUGGUUCUGACCUGCACAUCUUUAACGAAUAUAGACUUUGGUAACUGCUGUCAUUACACUGUAGGAGUGAGAACGACGCUGUGUGGCAGCUGUAGCUUAGGCCCAUAUUUGAAGGCUGAGUGGGUACUAAAAUUGAACAGAAGGCAGGCAUUUAGUUCCAAAUAGUGAUCGGACAUUUUAUUAUGUGCAUUUUAGAUGAGAAUAUGGACAAGGGUGAUAGUAUUCGUAGUGAUGAGAACAUUUUAAUCUAAUAGUUUAAGUUUGUAAAUGCUUCAGUGCAACUCUACUAAUAUUAGGGAUGCACUGAUCCGAUAUUUGGAUCAGAUAUCGGCUCUGAUAUUGACAUAAUAACCGGAUCGGAUGUCUGAUGAAUGACGAUCCAGUGUUCUUUUUUCUUUUAAUUAAUAUCAUACACAGCAACACAGUUCACUCUUUAUUCUAUGUUUGUCUAUCCUUUUGCACUAAAUGUUUACAUGGAAGUCUUACUUCUUUUUUGCUGUGUGCUAAUGUGCAAUUUGUUAUUUGCUAAUAAAACAUAUAAACUAAAUUUAUAUGUUUUUUUUUUUUUAACAAGGCUAUUUCAAGUUUGAUGCCUUCACUCACAGGACAAGAUAUACAGUCCAUUCAUUCAAUAGUAGUAUUGGAUCGGUAUCGGAUAUCGGCUGAUACGCUCAGCCCAGGUAUCGGUAUCGGAUUGAAUUGGGAAAAAAUGGAUCGGUGCAUCUCUAACUAAUAUAAAUGCUGACAUGCUGCCAAGUGUCUGUUUUUGUUAGAUGUUUGUCAUUAGUUUUGUAGCUGUCUUAGAACACAGUUUGUGUCUUUGCCAUCUUAAUAUGUAUCAUGAUGCAGAGUUUACAAUCAGCUUUGUAAUCUGAUUUUUUGGACAGUUAUCACACACAUACACCAAUCUUUUUUGUUACGGUAUAAAUCAUUAUAUUUGAUCGAUUAUAAAGCAAAACAGUCAUUGUUGGAGUCACAAAGUACAGCACUGCCAGGGCAUAUUUGGUUUGUCUAUCUUUGUGUCUGAGAUGCACCAGGGCCCAAAUGAAGUACAGUGGAUCAGGCUGAAAGCAUCAUUCCUCAGCUUCUGGUAGAGUGCUUUUUUUAAAAUCAAUUUCCUGGUCGGUGGAAGGUCACAGAAAGAGACAUGUCUCGGGCAGAGAUUGUAACUAUAUUUGCAGUUUCUGCACUCACAACCCACAUCAGCCCUUCAAAGGGAGAUAAAACCUUGUCUAACAUCUCCAUCAGUGCCCACUGCUUUACCGUCUGUGAAGCUGGGAGAGUUCUUUCACUAAUUUAGUGUUUUUAGAUGUCGUAUCAAAUUGGUAUUGAAGGAAGUUUGUUAAAUGAUUAUAUUGUAUAUAUUCUGAAACUGGCAGUUGAACUGUUUUCAUUUUCUAGUUUAAGUCAUUCCCACACUGCUGGCACUUCAGCCACAGGAUCACUAAUGCUACUAUAACACACUGUCCUUUGAUUUCAGUGUUUUUAACCAGAUUUCCCCUCAUGAACCAUUUGUCCCUGUUCUGUGUGGUGGUUACUGUUUCUCUAACAUGGCUGCCUGCGCACAUAUGAGUUUGUGCCAUCAACUUUAAGCAAUGGCUGGAGUUCCACAUGGAUGGCGAGUUAGGCCAACCCAGAACUCAACCUGAUACAACUUUUUGACUUCCGAUACGAGACCAAUAUUGUCCGAUAUUUUUUUUGUGGGCUCAGCUUGCCGGAUCAGGGCGCUGUUAGAUAGAGGUGCCGGAGUGGAGUCUGGAAUGGACUGCUUGUAUCGGAGUGCUGACAUCGGAGAUUAUAGAUACAGGCCGAUAUAAUCCUGUGUUUGUUUUUUUGCUGAUAUCGGACUGAUAUCCGAUAUCAGUAUCAUAUCGGGACACACCCCUCUUAUAAUUACUUGAUUAUUGGCUGAAAAUUGCUGAUUCAUGAUCAUUAAGAACGCCCAUGGUUGAUCUGAUAGUCAAGAUGAGGAUUGGAACAUCCAAAAAAUGUUAAAAUGAGCAAAACUGAGCAUUUCUCUUCCUUUUGGUUUCCCAUCCAAAUGAUAAUUCUUCUCCUGAACAGUUUGUGCAGAGGAAUACAAAUUUCUCAUAAACACAAAGGCAGAUGUAACUGUCACUUAAAAAUCAAUACAGCAUUAAAUACAGAGACGACACAGUUUCAUAAAACAUGCUUUUGAAAAGGUUAAGUGUUUUGCUUUUUACUUAAUCUUCAUCUGGUGUCAAGUUGAAGUCAGUUCCUUGUUCGGCUCUUUUCAUCAUGCAGUGUUGUUGAAAAUCUCUCCAUCGUCUUUCUUGCAGCCCGAGAGUGAAGUAUCCACUACUGCUGAGGACUGUUCCUCAGAGGUAAGACAACCUGAACUUUUUCUGCUUAAAUAUUAUGUUCACUCCAAAUGUCACUUUUACAUUCUGCUCAGUUCGCCCAAAACCAACUCACAUGUUGAUCAUCCGCUGACUGAGAGUAGAGCAGUAGAGUAGAAUUUGUCGCCCUCACUGACUCACACAUAUGCACACACACAUCUUUUUUAAUAGGGUUUGUCAUCAUUUAUUUGUAGUGUUACUGUCAGGUUUUCUGAAUACAUCUGCUCCUUCGAUUUAAAAUGCUGGUUGAAAGAAAAGUUGAAGGAAGCAGAUGGUUGUAGUCAGCAUUUUCUCAUCUGCUGAGUCAGAUUUCGAGACAAAUGUGAAAUCUAAAUAAGCCCUCAAACCACUACUUAUUUUCUCUUUGUUUGUCAAAUCAAAUAAAGACAAUCUUACUCAUUAUAAACCCAAAUUCUUGAAAACCAAUCUCCUGAUUUUCUCCUGCUAGUGUCAGUUGGUGGAUGAUGAUACAAAUUCGAUAAUAACCCACAAGUAACAGAGAUUAAAGAGGACUGUACACAGACAUCAGGGACACACAUCACACUCUCUCGAAUCAUACUGUUCACUGAUGGCGUUGUUAAUUAACAGGUAAAUGGGUGCCACGAUGAGAUGGUGACAGAGAGCCUAAUGAUGUCUUCUAAGGAUUUUAUCUGGGUACAGUAAUCCGAUCAAGCAGUUCUUUUGGCUCUGCUCGUAAAGCACUACUGGCUGCUGGAUCUAACCCUCUCCACGCUAAUACUUAAGUCUUGUGCAAGAUUUUCCUGUAACCUACUAACCAAGCCUGUUUACUGCUGUGCUUACUUUUAGAUAUUCUUGUAUACGUAACAGAUUUUGUGACACUUCUGUGACAAUAAUAUACAUGUGUACUGUGAUGUUAUAAUGGCUUUUUUUAAAAAGUGUGAGUGGCUGAGGAGGAGUUUUGGAUCGAACAGGGACUUUUUGACAUUUUUGAGGUGUAAAUUGUCUUUGAAAGCUGGUGGAGGAAGAGUGAAAGAGGGAGAGGCGGUAGAGAAGAAGUGAGAGAUAGUGAGAAGAAGGGUGGGGGAGAGGCUGUUACACAAAGAGCUGCUCUCUUUAGAUGCACUGAGGUGAUAUUUGAACACGGGGGGGCAGAAACCACAGAGGUACUGCUGAUCAGGGUUAUUGGAACAGAUAAAGACUGAAACAGAGAUGGUGAAACGACAUGAAGACUGCAGUAUAAAUCACUGUACCAAGCCGAGACAGACUUUUGUAAGAGGAAAUACAUACUGCUACCACUUAAAAUGUUUCAGAUGAGAUAGGCUCAGGAUAAAUUGCAUGAAACUAUUUAGACUUAGUAAUAAUGAAUCAAGCAAAACAAAGAAAAAGUAGUGACAGAAUUAUGAAAGCAUUAAUCUAGUUUUUGGUUAAUGCAGCAUAUUAGAAAAGAUCAGACUCUUUACCUUAAUCUUAAUUAGAGAUUGAUCAAUUAACCAGCAGGCUGAUUAUCAACAUUUUAAUAUAAUCUGUGUUGGCUCUCACAUAACUGAUAUUGCUGUCAUCUUUCCUCAGUUAAAACACAUUUUUCUCAUCCUAAAUGACAGAAAAUCAAAUCUAUAACAGUCACCGGCAACUUUAUGAUAAUUUUACUAACAAAUAAUAAUACAAUAAUGCAGUUUAAUAUUGCUUCUGACAUAAUUACCAACCUUGACCUGUAGUCUCUAGCAUAGUGUAAUGCAUUUUCAUCAGUUCAUUUAAACUCUACUUCAAGCAUGUUAUUCACUAAGUUAACUGCAUAUAUUAGUGAAUGGAAUAAAAGAUUUGUAUAUGACUUUUUUAUGUAUUUUACCUUGUAUUUUUAUCUUUCUUAAUAAUUCUGGUAGGUGUCAGAUAGUAAUGAUUCAAUGCCAAAACAGCCUUUUUCCUCAAAAACCAACAAGGGUCAAAUCUAACUCAUGUCACUAAUCUGAAUUAUUCAAUAAGACUGGAAAGAGACGUACUAUUGCACAAGAACUAAAACUUUCAUCUUUGUGAUAGUGAACAGGUAAAGUACUCGCUUUUACUUUAUCACUCCGACUUGAACUAACACAGACUUUAUUAAAGCUGCUUUGUGCGAUGGCUUCAGUUCACAUUUUGACCAAACGAAAAGCUGCUUUUGCUAAAAUAAUCCCUCCUUUUUUCUUUGGUCUGAGUUCUGGAAAAAAAAACAGGUUAUGCCUUUGAAAACUGAACUUUUUACACAUCUCUUCAUGUAGUUAUUGGCCUUUCUUAGUAACUUCAAAUACUCCGCUUAUUCUUUAGACCUGGUCUUGAUGUUUUGACUGAAAUCUGAAAAUGCUCUAAAUUUGUGGCUCAGGAGGAAGUGGAGGCUCUGCAACAGGUAUCGAAGGGAGGGAGAAAGCAGGAUAUGGAGGAUGCACUUGCUGCCAAGACUCUGGCGGUGGAGGAACUAAGCCGAGAGCUGGAAGAAAUCAGGGCUGCUUUUGGCACAGAGGGAGUACAACAGGUAAGUGUUCAAUGUCUUUUUAUACAUCACACUCUGGCAGUUUUGUUUGUCUUUUUCAUCCUGUCUACUUUUGAUCUUUUCUCAUUUUUCAAUUUUUUUUCUACUUCCUAAUAUUGAGCUUAACUUCAGAAAAUACGAAGACUAGAAGUCAUGUUUGCUUUUUGGUUUGACAGUAUUUUACCAUUUGGGAAAAUCUAACACAUUUUUAUUGAAGUUAUGUUCCUCCACUUGCCAUUUUAAAGCUCUUGUCCUAAACUCAUUCUCUCUCUUGUCCUCUCUCUUAUUUUAAAGCUGUUUGUCAGAUGGUUUUACUUCCUUUCAUUUCUUCUUCUAGCUGCAGGACUUUGAGGCUGCUCUGAAGCAGCGAGAUGGGAUCAUCACCCAGCUCACGUCUAACCUCCAGCAGGCUCGAAAAGAGAAAGACGAGAUCAUGAAAGAGUUUUUGGAACUGACGGAGCAAAGCCAAAAACUGCAAAUUCAGUUCCAGCAGGUGAGAAGUCAUGUCUUAACAAGUGCACUGAUCCUAUGUUAAUUAACUGACAGACUUUUACACUGUCACUAAUUGCAUCAAGUAUUUCUUAUUCAUGUAUUCAAUCAGAAAUUAAUUUGUGAAAAAAAUAUUACAGCUGCAGGCAGGUGAGACGCUUAGGAACACGAGUCACAGCAGCACGGCAGCUGAUCUCCUGCAGGCUCGGCAGCAGCUCGUUCAGCACCAACAGCAGCUGGAGGAGGUCAAUGUGGAGGUCAAAAAGCAGCAGGAGCACAUCAGCCAGCUCCAACAAGAGCUCAGGGAGACGGAGAUGGUAGGAAGUUACCUGGUGUGAUUUAUACCUGCUAUCAACAUGUCUUCUUAGUGGUCAAAAACAAAUAGACAGCAGUAAAAAUGAGCAUUUGCUUUAGUAUAUAAUCUUGAGUCUUAAAGGGAUUUUCUGGGUCAAACACACCGUAACACCGAGUUAGACACACCUUCGAGAGAUGAAUGUUGCUGACUGCUUGCUUCUCUGGUUAUACCAACUAAUACCACUAACUACCACAAAUAAUGCUCAGAACAGCACCUAACUUUAUCAACAAUACAUAUAGGGUCCCAGCGACAGCACUAGCCACCAAACAUCUUUUUAACUUUGCCUGAUUUCUUUAGCAAAGAGACUAAACACAAUUCACCUACUCUCUUCCAGCAGCCGCUUGUUUGUAGUGAGACCUCAGGCCAGUCCAUUACCGACUACAGCGGGGUGACGCAGCUCAAGGAAGAACAUUUAUGAUCAUUUCCUCAAGGAAAUGCUAUCAGACCGAGACGCUAAGGCAGAAGAAUUACCGCAUCUGCAGUGCAAAAUGAUUAAUUAUGAUUAUUACUUCAAGGAAAUGAUAAAGUAAUGAUCGUAAAUGUUCUUCCUUGAGCUGCAUCACCCCGCUGCAGUCAGUGAUGGACUCGUCUGAGGUCUCCGUACAAACAAGCAGCUGCUGGAAGAGAGUAGGUGAGUUGUGUUUAGUCUCUUUGCUAAAGAAAUCAGGCAAAGUUAAAAGAUGUUUGGUGGCUAGUACUAUGGCUAGGACCCUAUAUGUACUGUUGAUGAAGUUAGGUGCUGUUCUGAGCAUUAUUUGUGGCUAUAGAGUGGCUUUUUUGUUGAGCGCGUGGCUCCUGAGACCGCUGUGUAUUGCUAUCUACGGUUGUUACUAAAGUUGGUAUAAAUAGAGAAGCAAGCGGUCGGCAACAUUCAUCUCUCGAGGGGGCAUCUAACCUGGUGUUACGGUGUGUUGGACCCUAACUUAAUUUUACGCCGCAAUAUCCCUUUAAGUGAUCACUUGUAAUCAUCAGGAAGAUACACUGCGCUCUUUGAUCACUAGAACCUCAUAUUGACACCAGUUGUGAUACCAGAUAUAUCCUGCUACAUUAUGCAGUUUAUAAAUAUGUUACCGUUGGUUCCCUCGAAUCUCUAAUAUUUGUUUUCCUUGUAGUCAGGGAGAAGAUCAGAAGAAUCACUCACACAAAGGAUAAACGAAAAGGACCUGCUCAUCACUGAAAAAGGAAAAGUUAUUUUAGGUCUGGAGCAGUCGUUGGCAGAGUUGAGAGCAGCGGAGGCGUCUUUUGCACAAACACUGGAAGAGAGGAAUCAGCUAAUUUCAAAGCAAACUGCAAUAAUCAAAGAACACGAGCUGUCAUUGACCCUGCUUAGAGAGGAGCUCGCUCGUGUGGGAAGGACUAAUGAUGAGAAUCUCAGACACCAGUCAGAUGAAAAAGAUCUGAUUAUAGCACGGAAAGAUGAAAUCAUUUCAGAACGUGACUGCUCUCUUACUCAGCUCAAGAAUGAGCUAGAGGCUUCAGAAAAGAACCUGCUUGACCUCCAACAGCGAAUGUCUGCUAAAGAAUCAGAGUUUGAAAUAUGUAGGGGUGAACUGGAAGGGGCUAAGUCUGAUCUGCAAAGCAGCAGAAGUGAGAUCGAGAGUGUGAAAUUAGAAUUAGAGAAAGAGCGGACAGAGUUUGAGGGCUGCAAAGGCGAACUUGCGGCCUCUAAACAGAAAGAGCGAAUGUCCUCGAAUGAAAUCAUGCAGCUUAUGGGAACGGUGGAGGACCUGCAGAAGCGUUGUCACCAGGGCAACCUUUCAGAGAGCGACGCCGUCCAGAAGAUGCAGGAAGAGUCGGAAAGGAAGCUGGAACUUCUCAGGGCAGAGCUGGAUGAGAUGUACGGCCAGCAGAUAGUCCAGAUGAAGCAGGAGCUUAAUUUGCGGCAUGUGGCUGAAAAGGAGCAAAUGACGGAGCAACAUCACUCUGAACUCGAGCUCCUGAAGGCGCAGAAGAUGUCUCAAAGCUCCACUGCUGAGGUGGAAACUCUGAAUGCAAAGAUUAGGAAGCUUCAAGAAGCAUUAGAGCAAUCCCAAACAAUGCAGGAUAGAACCAAGCAAGAACUUAGCCAAGUCGCCCAAGAGAAGCUCAACCUGCAGGCCAAGGUUGAGGACCUUCUUCGGGAUCUCCGUUCUGCUAAAGACAAGAUGGAGCAGGUCUCCAACAGUCUAAUUUCUCAGGAAAGCCAAGAAGGUGAACUGCAGCGCCUCCAUGAGAUCAUUGACAAUCUGAAGAGCGAUUUGGUGGACUCUCAGGAAGCCGCGCACGAGGCAGAGGCGAAACAUGAGUCCGAAAUCACCAACUACAAGAUCAAACUGGAGAUGAUGGAGAGGGAGAAGGACGCCGUGCUCGACCGCAUGGCCGAAUCACAGGAAGCGGAGCUGGAGCGACUCAGGACACAGCUUUUGUUCAGCCACGAGGAAGAGCUCACCAGCCUAAGGGAGGAACUGCAAAGAGAGAAUUUCCAGAACGCUGAAAACCUUGUCAAUGAAACCGCUUUGAAGUACAAGAAGAUGUUGGAGGAGCUGCACACCAGUCAUGACGCAAAAGUGCAUUUGUUACAGAAGGAGAAGACAAACUUCGCUGCAGAGCGGGAUGAGCUUCUCCACCAAAUUAAUGGACUCAAAGAGGAUCUUAAGCUUGCAUUGCACAGUUCCAGAGCUGACGAGCUCGUCCAGCAGCUUCAGGAGCUUCAAGUCGAGCUGGAGGAACUGAGAAAAGGAGGAGAGAAUCGAGCUCGAUUGGAGAAAGAAAUUCAGACACUACAAAAAAAGACAAAAGAGCUUGAAAACAACUCAAAAGAGAAAGAAAAAAGUUGGAAAUCAGAAAAGGAGACUUUGACCGGGAAAAAUAACUCUUUGAAAGACGAGUUGGACUCAAAAGUCAUAAAGAUCGAGACGCUCACAGCGGAGAGAGAUCAAAUGCAGAAACAAGUAGCCGAGCUCGGUGAGGAGAUUGAAAAGCAGAGGACUACUUUCUCUUUUGCCGAGAAGAAUUUUGAGGUGAACUAUCAGGAGCUGAAGAAGGAGUACAGAUGUCUUGUUGAGACGAAGACGCAGCUAGAGGAGAAGAUGCUGAGGCAGACACUUGAGUUUGAAGUGAAAAUUGCCAGUUUCCACUCACAGAUUCGGGAGCUGGAGGAGAGCAGCACAGACACUGAGAGAAAGAACCCAAAUUCAGACAAGUUGGAGCAAACCGUGAUAGAAAAAGACACUACUGAGCUAAUGGAGAAGCUAAAUGUUACUAUGAGUGAGAAGAAAAGCUUGGCUGGAAAGCUUUCUGAAGUUACAGAAAAACUGAUGUUUACAGAGAGGAAAAUGAAACAGCUGGAAGAAGAGCGGGUAAAAAUGAAAGCAGAAAGCGCAGAGGUCAUCGCCCAAAACACAAACCUCAGGAAGGAGCUGGAAAAGAAUCAAAAGAUUAUGAGGGAAAGGGAUGCUGAAAGAAAGUUACAGCAUGAAAAGCAAGCUGUUGAGCCAGUUUGCUCUUUUGAGGAUCAUCGCCUUCAGAUUCAAUCUUUCCAAGAGGAGAUUAAGACUCUCCAGUCCCUCUUAGAGGCUGCUGAAUCAGAGAGAGACAGCACCCGAAAGAGUCUGGAGCUCCGGAGUCUUUCGCACUCUCCAUCCCUGGCAGCAACAGCAGCAACAACAGCUCAGUCCACAGGGGAGGGACCUGUUGAAGGACAAUCCUCCCUGCAGAAGUCCACCGCCUCAGGAGGGUCAAACAGGCGCAGGAGACGGCAGAGGUCGAAACAGGAGCGCAAAGCGGAGAGCGCUCUUUCAGACUGCAGAGAAGAAACACAAAGGGAGGAGGAGGAGGAGGCGGUGGAGGAAGAGAGAGCUACAAGUGCUGCAGAGCCGGAGAUGCAGCCUCAGAUGCAGAGCCAGGUUAUGUCAUGCUCACCAGAGAGGGCCGGUAAGGAGGACUCCACUGACGGGUACCAGGGAGACGCAGGCAGAGACUAUAUCAACAAACAGGUAGACGAUCACAUGCUUCUUUUACAUUAAUACCAUCUGAUUAAAUUACAUGAUUUAAUGACUCAUAAAGAGGGCUCUAAAACUGUGCAUGUCAAGAGAAAGUAAAGUAAAAAUGCACGUUUUAAUUAAUAUCGCAUCAGCAGUUAACUCUGUGUGUUUAUAAUGUAAGCUUCAUCAAAAAUUCAUGCUUGCAACUGAAAAGAAAACAACUGAGGCAUUUCUGCACCGACUUGUUUUUCCUCUCUGGUGAUGAACGGUCGUGAUUGCAAAUUGCCUCAGCAUCUGAAGGCUGUCUCUCAAAGGUAGCAUUAAACAGCACAGGCAGCCUGUCAUGUAUGUUUUAAAGUUUGUGCAGAGAAAAGGCUCGGAGUCAUUUUAAGACUCCCAUCGAUAUUAUUCUGCGCAUUUCUACCUGUAGAGGAGAUCUAUAGGAGAUUUAUAACCUGCAUUCACGUGACGCUGAAUUGAAUUGAACAAACAUAUGACGGUAACAAUUGGCCAGACUCCUCUGAUAGAUUUAAAUCACUGUUGAGUAGAAUUGUGUACAUUCUAGUUUCUUUCCAUCCUGCAGGGAGUGAAGGGUUUGAGGUGAGAAGCCAUUUUACCCCGGUCAUUUUUAUGUCUGUGUCACUUAAAGCUCUGUCUCACUUCCACCAGGCAAAAAAAAAAAACAAAAAAAAAAACAGCAGCUCUAUAUUGUCCGUCUGCUUUUUCAUCUUCAUAUCGCAUUUUGUUUUGUCACCUCCUGGGCUGGAAGGAUCACUAAAUGAUCAAGAAUUUUAAAUAUGUUUGACUUAAAUCUUACACUGUUUGAAGGAGUCUUAAAGUUUACUUUUUAAUGAAACAGAAAGACGGAUAAGUAUACUUCUAAAAGUCAAUUCUGUGUGUAUUACAUACAUUUUUGAGGAUUCAUCUAUAAGCAAACAAACACGAUGACCAACUUCUUCUUAGAUCUUUAUAAGAGCUGUAUGAGCGACUGAGAAUUGGUGUCCAAACUUUAAAGAGAUGACGUUCGGUGUUAUUUCAUGUUGAAUAAACUGAAGUUACAACACAAGCCCUUUCUACUCCUCCUCAAGAAGUGAUGCUGCAUCUCAUCUCCUGUCGACCAUCGUCAUUCUAGCUACAUUUAACCUGAGAAACCUGAUAAGACUGUGUUUUUAAAAUGUGCGAUCACUCUCUUCUUCUUCUUCUUCUUCUGCUCUCUCAUUAGGUGAUCAGACAUGGGACGGGCCGCCACCUGGAUCCUGCCAUGUGUCAGGGUGCAGAGGAAGAGGAGGAGACAUCUGAGCAUGUAAAUGUCACUUAAGCUCACAUCCUGCCCCUUGUCUUAAGUGUCAAUAGACUCUUGAAUACAUCACAUAAUGUACUUUAAAGGUCAAUAAACAGGUGCUCUUACAGCUGGAGUACAAAGAUGGAUUUGGUAUUUGCAUCCUAAACAUCUCUCGUCUGUACUCACUUGUUAAACGCACCUCUCAGACGUUAUUCAGGGCAUGCUCGUAUCAACCCCCCGAGGUGUCCUGAUUGAUCUGGCAAAGUUUUGUUGCAAAAAAAUUGACGAACUUCCUGCUGUAAGAAAAAAAACAGUGCACUUAUCAUUGAUAAUAGUACCAGUGGAGGUAUUUGAGGUCUGGAAAUAGGGGUGUCCUGAUACAUCUUUUUUACCUCCGAUAGGAUACCGAUAUUGUAGUCUUCAAUAUUGGCCAAUACCGAUAUUGAUCUGAUAUUAGCAAAAAAUUAUGCAUGACAAGUUUUUCACUCAGCUGCAACGUCUUUUUUGGACUUUAAUGAAAAAUACUGCCACACGGCCAACUUCGCUCCUACUACUUGGUAUAUUGUUAGUACCUUAGUACACACUGAUGUUGUGAUUACGUGGGCUCUACAUGCUGGAUAUGGGUGCUGCUAGAUAGAGGUGCUGGAGCGGAGUCUGGAAUAGACUGCUGACAUCGGAGAUUUUAGAUGCAGGCUGAUAUAAUCCGAUAUUCGAUUUUUUUCUGGUAUUGGACCGAUAUCUGAUAUCAAUAUCGUAUCUGGACACCCCUAUCUGGAAAGUUAUGUUUUUUGGCAUUUUUGCCUUUAUUAGAUAGGAUAGAGAGAGAGACGGAAAAUGUGGGGAUCAAAGAGGUGGGGAGACAUGCAGCAAAAGGGUCGAACUCGCGACUGCCACAACAAGGACUGUAGCCUCUAUAUAUGGGGCAUACUGAGGCCGUUGGAGCCCUAACAACUCCAAAUUUAAUCGUGCAAAAAUCUCUUUUCAAAAGAGGACUCAGUAGAGAGUGUUCAUUUUGCAUUAAUUUCCCUUUCUAAGUACGCUGUUUGGGUGAAUCUUGAGUCAUGCAGUAUUAAAACUACAAAAUCGUUCAGAUCAAAGUCAUCAAGAUAUUACACAUCAUUAAGAUAUUACUGUUUUUCCUGUUAGAGAGAGUGUGUAACAGCAGCUCAUCACCACACAGCUGCAGCUUGAUUGUUCACACUGACUGCCUCUUGUCAGCUUUAUUUAAGCAGCAACAUCUGUGCUGUUCCACGUCUGAGAGGACCCACUCAGAUGAGUGCAUAUGGGGAGACGACGGUAUCAUAACAAAGCUUUUUUAAAAAUACAGCCUCAUCAAAACGUAGAAAGAGCUCUCAACAAGCAUCCAAGAUCAAAGGUAACACGACAGCAGCUUCAGGUUUCUGAAUAACCCGAACAAAUAUGUGCUAAUGCGUAAUGCAUAAUUAGAGGAAGAGGCCUCAGCGUCUGCUUUUUGUUUCCCUGCUACUGAAGUGAUAAUAGCUGAACUCUGAUCCUGAACACAGAUGGCCUGAGCUGCUGCUCUGUCAUUAAAAUCGGAGAGGUGGAGUUACAUAUUGAGUCAUUUACCCCCUCAGAUUAGUACCUGUAUUCAUCCAUGUGCUAAUUUUAUAACAUUUACCAAGAGGUUUGUUUUGUCUUCCAGCAUAAAAAGGAAAAACUUGAUCUGAAAUGAGAUCAUAAAUGAGAAAAAAUCCCUGUUAGCUGAGGUCGUCAUCCAGCGUGGUCAUGUGAUAUUUGUGUCUGUGUUCAGGGGGAGUGCAGGUUGCAGAUGGAGGCUCAGCGCAUCAGCCUCUCUCAGAUCCACGCUGCCCAGCUGGAGCUGCUGCAGGAGGAGACGGACGCCCGCACAAACUCUCUCCAGCUGAAACUGCAGAACCUGAAAGAUCACACCGACAAGAGUGAGUGAAUUUUUGCUUUCGCUGCCUUUGUGUGCGCUUUUCAAUUUUGGCAAAACAGCUGUCCUCUCAGAAACCUGCUUGGUUAACAUUUAUGAAUAUAAAAGAGUGUCAAGAACAGAACAGGUUGGUGUACCAAGCUCUAUUUUGCAUGUGCAUCAAGUUUAACAUUUCAGCCAUUCAGCCAUUUCCAUUUAUCUGUUUUUUUUUUCCAGCUGAACCAAGAAUCAGAUACCACAACAUGUUACAAACAGUGUCAGAGGAGUGCAGCGAGAUCAUUCAGGUAUGUUUUCUGAUGGAAUUUGUGUGUUUAUGAAAACUAACAAAGCACUGAACCUGAUUUCUGACUGUCCUUUGUUCAGAGUUUCAAGAGGAUUUUUGGUGAAGAUAUUUUGGAGAGCGUGGAGUGUCGCCCGUCUUCUUCAGUGGAAAGACCAGAAACUAGUGAAUCUACUUCUGUUUUACUAGAGGCCAGAGGUAAUCUCACCCUAAAUUAAAUCCAGUUAUUUUUAAUCACAGGUAGUUAAAGGUUGUUUUUGGUGUAAGUAGAAUCGUAAACAUAGUAAAGUUAAAGUUUUUCAGUGACGUCUGAUACAGAAAAAUGUCCUCUUUCCUGUAGAGCUUUACAGAGAUCUUCAGCUGGUCCGGGAGAGGAUUGAGCAGGAACAUCUUCGACUGUCGCAGCUUCAGGCUCUGCUGCGAGCCGAUGGAAACAAGGUAAAAACAGUGUAAACAGCUUAGUCCCAAUCACAAAUCAAACAAGAUGUGUAAGCAGUUUAUGAGCAUAAUUUAGGCUUUCACCUUAAAAACGGUUUAUCCCUGCGGCAAAGAAAACACAAGAACAAGCAACUUUUGAUUUGAAAUCUUUGCCAUCCUUGUGUGAGUUCCCUCUGGUCUUUUAUUAUGACCAUGUGAGCGUAUAAUUUAUUAUUACUCAAAAAUACCAGCUUUUAAAUGCUCUGCUUAUCCACAGUUCACUGCGAAAUUGAAGUAUAGUGACAGUUCAUGUUGUACUGUAUACAUAUAUGAUUUGAGCAUCACAGAGAAAUCACAGAAAACACUCAGAAGACCGUUUAUCUUCCAGAUGACGAAACUGCAGACAGCUUACGAUGAACUGAAGAGCAGCACUGAGAGGGAGAUCUCUAACCUGCGAGUGCAAAUUUCCAGCUCGAGCACCUCAACAAGCAAAGGUGAGUGUGACGUAAAUGAAACGUAAACAUAUCAAGUACGGAUGUCAGGCCGCCGACUGAAAACACAAAGGUGUGGAAGAAGACAAACACCUACAUUUUUGUCAUUGUUUCAGCUAUAGAAGUCAUUCAUCAAUGUGGGGCUGUCGUGUCAUGUCAGGUGUUUAGGACUUAGCUUGUGGAUUUUCAAGUCAGGUUUUUAUAGCAUGAGUUAAGUGUGCAGCCAGAGCCCAGAAAAUAGGAAAAAUUGAAAAGUUUUAAUAAGAAAGUUUGUUCUCUCUUCAUUUCUUACCUGCUACCACAUCUGCCUCUCUGACAAUGUUCAAAUAAAGUUAUAUGUGCUUAAUGAACAUGAAGUUUCCCUCAUUUGAUCCUCAUCUGUAACUCUCUCUAAUCAAAUCUCAAAUUUCUCUCUUUAUCCAGAUGUGGAGGUGAGAGCCAGUGCGCCCUCCACUAACCUUACAGAGGAGGCGCAGAGGCUGAAGGCUGCCGAGCAGAAGAAGCAGCUCCAGCUGGAGGAGAGUCACAGGCAGGAGGUGGAGCGCCUCAGAGCUCACUACCAGCAACAGGCCGCGGAGACUGAAGAGAGAUACCUCACGGAGAUCCUGGUGCUGCAACAGCGACUGACAGAGGUCACAGGCACUGAAACACAGAUCAGGUAAUGAUACUGGGAGACAAAAUCUUAACACCAGGGUUUCUGCUGGCUCUUAAAAAGUCUUAAAAUGUCCUUAAAAUGUCUAAAAUUGUCUUAAAACCUCAUAAAACGUCCUAAAUACAAAUUUGAAAGGUCUUAAAAUUGUAUUGAAGAUUGAUUUGAAGAUGUUCUGAUUUCCCAUCAUGUCUUUUGUACUUUUUUGCCAGUAUGGAUGUAAAUUGGAUCUUAAAUGCUCUUCAUUAUGGUCUUAAAAAAGUCUUAAAAAGUCUUAAAUUUGACUUGUUGAAACCUGCAGAAACCAUGUAACACAUAACUGAUUUCACAGCUAAAUGAUCCUUUGGUAUUGUUCAGCUGGUUUAACUGCCUCCUACACAGUAUGCAUGUACAAAGUUAUACUUGAUGGCUCAAUUAAUUGAUUGGUUGAUUGAUUGAUUGGUUCUGUCUUGGUGUAAGAACAGCAGCCCACCUCGCUGACAUGAGUCUCCACAUGUAACAUCUGAUAAACACGAGGCUGCUCAUCCUCUGACCCAGUUCAGUUCACACCAACCAAGCCUGGGCUGAUAAAAUAUUCACACGGUCAUUUAAAGCGUUCUCCGGGUCUAUUGUUCACUUGAAAAGAAGAAGAAAAAAAAACACCUUUUCAGUCGUUUUAAAUGUUUUCUUGAAGGCGAUGUUGAUCAGAGCGCUGAAGUGCUGUUUAGAAAAUGUGAUAGAUGUGACCUUUUCAAGCCUGUUCCAUCCUGCAUGUUCAGUUACAUACUAUUUCUGAAGAGGCUGCCCUAGAAAGACAACAUUUGCUUAUGUCUCAGCGGUGUUGGUGUUAUAUAUUCUCCAAGGAUAUGUUAUAUGUUAAAUCCAGUUUUGCCCGUAGAUGUUUGUUGCAAUGGGAACUUAGAUGUAACCUGCACAAUCAUUCAUCAAUAUCAAAAACACAAAACACACGAGCAUACAGACAGAAAACAUUAACGAAACAAUAAUAUAGAUGAAAAUCAAGACUUAAUACUGAUAACUUAGUCCAAUGAUAAGUAAACAAAAUGGUUAACCCAAUCAAAGGAUCAGUCUUGAUUAAGGGAUAAAGGGAUCGGUCUUAAAGGGAUCUGUCUGCUAAGUAGGGAGAAAACCUUUAGGUAGUGCUCUUAGUUUUACAACCAGGUACAACAAAGCAAUUUCCUCAUGAAAACAGAGGAAACUGAGCAGCGAAAUCUUGUUUAAAUGAAGUUAGAGUUAGAGUAAGACAAAGGCUUUCUUUUAAGACUUUGACAAAACUGCUCAGAUUGUUUUUGACUCAAGAUGAAAUGAUGAAAAUGACAGAGGAUUAUGAAACCAAAAAAGUACAGACGUUUCAGAAAUAGGUGAACUGGCAGUGUUCAAAUCAAUUUUAAGAUGAUUAUUAAAACAAGCAUUUAUGCAGAAAUCCCCACUUUAUAUUAAAUUUGAAUGAUAAAUUCCUGAUCGACUUUUCUUUCUCCUGUAAAAGUAAGAAAUUAGUCCUUUCUGAAUAUUCCAGCCAAAGAUUUUUAGUUAAUAAAAGCAGGAUAACUUGAAUCAUAGUGUGCUCUUAAGUCAAAUCAUAAUGCCAAAACUCAACCAUACGUCAGAUCCUAUUAGCAGCAAUAACCUUUCAGUGCGCUGAAAACUGAGAUUCUGCUGCCCUCCACUGUUGGAUUCAGUAAUAAAAACUAUCACAGUGGGUUCAAAUGUAGAUUAACUUGUUUAACUCUUUUGGUUGAUAUUUAAAAAAUGCUCCCAAAAAAAGUCAAAUCCUUAAAUGGUAAAAAAAAAAAGAUAAUUAAUAAUAAUGCCGUGUUUGUUUGUGUCAAAUAAGGAACUGAAGUUUUUCAUCAGUGAUUUACAGGAAAUUUAUUACUGCUGUUUAACUUUCCUCUUUUUAUUUUCUGUGGCUCUUUUUUAAGGAAAAAUACCAGUUUAUUCUGGAUUAUUUCUGUUAUUUUAUGCCCAAUCUUUUGAACUCAUGCUUCCUGUUACACCGGGUUAAUAUUAGUGCAAAUGUGCAAAAAUGUUUCAGCUUAUUACGAUCGAAAUGCACAAGCUGCAGCUGAGUCACUAUCCUUUUUAGUUCACAUUAACAGUCAACAAUCUAAGACUUCACUUCAACACAUUAUAAUAACAUUAUAAGAAACAUUUCUGUCAUUAUUUAAAGUGUCUGAAAUGAUGAAUUUCAAAGUCUUCAUCUUAUUUAAGGUUGUAAAUCAAUCAUUUUAACUUUUCCUUUUCCCCUCUCUGCCUCUCCAGCACCUCAGAGUCCAAGACAGAGGAGCACAGGGAGGAACCAGCAAAGGUUUGGCUGCUACCCUCUCCCCUCAUCUAAAUCUUCUGUGUCACAUGAAUUACAUCUUACUACGAGCUGAAACGAGUACAUGCAUUAAGACUCGCUGACAGUCAGAGUGGGUGGGAGGGGGGCAGUGGGAGCCUUUAGGCUAAAACGUGCCCUAAAUCCCCUCAGCUUUGCUCCACAGGCAGCAUCAUGAACGGUCUUAUAUCUUAACGAUUAAAAGGGUUGGACGUUACAUAACCUGCCUUUUUAACUUGUCACCAGUGGGUGUACUCUAGUCUUGGCUGCUAUGUUAAAAGGAGGAUUCUGUCUUGCGUGAAUGAGCUGCACUCCAUUUAAGCCGUCUCUCACUCACGUCACUCCAACUCCCAUCAAGUCUUAGUUUAUCUUUCCUUUCGACCUCAAAGUUCCUGUGGCUCAUGUGGUUGUAACUCUGAGGGUCUCACGCACAGAUCAGAGGGGAAGAUAAGAUAGAGGGAGAUAGAUAGAGGUGCGGGAAACGUGAAAGAACAGUAGAAGAACUGUAAAAAAGGACCGGGCACAAUACACUUCACAAGUUUGGAUUGGAAAUGUGAAGCUUAAGGGGACUGGUGCUGAAGCAGCUGAGUGACCCUGAAACAGACAAGCCAGGGAUUCAUCACAAGACAGAGUGGUAGUGUGUGCGGGGGAAUGUGGCUAAAUGUAAUGCAAGAGAUCCCUUUAUCGCCUUAUCAUCCUCGGGGCAAGCAGAGGGAACAAAACGGUGUAUUUAAUAGUGGCUAAAGGGUGGAACAGGGAGCUGCAGCAUGUUUAUUUCAGGAACAGUCAUCAGGAGCUUUUAUUUUACAUAACUUUAUAUUUGAGAUGCCUCACUGCAUUUUCUAUUAUCUACCCUUUUAGUUUUAAAUUUCUGCUUCUUACCUUUCCUCCUUUUCUUUGCUCUCCUCGAUCUUCACAGGACCAGGCGACAGAGGAUUCAUCGCAGGGCGGCGCGGAGUCACGCUGGCCCGGCCGACCUGUUGGCCUGACAGCUCAGCUCCAGGCGCUGAGAAAAGCUCUCUAUCACAAGUAUGUUCAAGAAGUAGCUGCGCUCAAAGAGCAGCACAGCAGGGAACUGAGGAGACUCAGAGAAGAAAAGGAAGAGGAGAGGAAAGGAGAGGAGCGACGGGGGGAGAGAGGAGAGAAGGAGCCGGGCGUGCAUGGUGUGAACGGGGCUGGGAGCGCUGUGGAGAGCCUCGGGGCAGCUGGGCUGGAAGAGAGACAAGACUGGGAGAGAGUGGAGGAGGAAGUCGCCAAGGUGGGUGGCUUUUUAAUUUGAUAUUCUUACUUGAUUGUGUGAAGCCAGUAUCAGCGAAACUUCAGCAAACAACCAUUUAAAAAUUCUUCUUUGAGGAGGAAUAAAAGUGAAGCUGGUUUUAGCAAAUCAAGCAUGAAUAUUUGUGCACUCCUGAGAGGUGAAAAAGAAAAUUUUAGGGGUUUAAAACUCAUACAUUGCACCAAAAAUACCUUUUAAAAAUUGAGCUGUUAAAAUAAAAACGAUAUGUGAUGAAAAAGGAUUGUUCAAUGCAGCUUUCCAGUAAUUUAACCCAUUCAUGGAAACCUAAGUGGGAAAAACAAAAGAACUAACUGCAGAUUAAAUCUAUAAAAUAUUGUCACUGAAUCAGGGUUUUGUGUCUCCGAUCAAACAGAUAAAUUUCCCUCACAUUCAUAUUUUUUUAUAACAGGCCAUAGUUCAGAUGUCCGUGGAGUUCGCACAGCAGAGCGAGCUGGCCCGAAUCAACAAGCGCACCACCUCCAUGCAGACCCAGUUGUCCGAAGAGGAGAUGGAGGAGGAGAAGGACAACGAGGAGGAGAAGACUCCCGUGUGUUCCCCCGGCUGGCUGCACGAUAUGGAGAUGGAGAGGCUGGAGAGGGAGCUGAGGGAGAGGAACGCCGAGAUCAUGAAGUUAAAAGAGGAGCUACACAUGAGCAAAUCAGGACGCCUGCUGGUCAGUGUUUCACUCAUUCAGCCGUCACAUGUUCGUAGAUUUACUGUCACCCGCCUUCAACAUAAAGUUCAUUCAUUUCAUCCGAGACAAGUUAUUACUGCUGUGUCAUUAAAUUUUGGAUGGACUUUGUCGCAAUGCAGGUGCUGCAUCGGUUAUUGAUUUAGUAUGCUUGAGCUGAUAUUUAUGUUUAUUCUGCAGCUUCAACCUGCUGGCAGUGAAUUUGUUUUUACUUUGUAACAGUGAUUUCUGUAGUGGUCCAAAAAAAACUCUUUUUCUUAAAUAAUCGUUCUCAUGUUAAGAACUCGCAUGCUAUGAUAACACUUUUUAACUUAAACACCACGGCUGAUUAGACCUAAAAAGAAGUUUUUUGUCAGUCUCACCUUAACCCCGAUUUGAUUAUUCUUUAAAAUGUCAUUUUAUUAUUAUUUUUUUUAUUUGCAUACAUGAAACGUUCUCUCUGCAUGCUCUUGUUUCUUCAUGUUGGCUUCAUUUGUUAGGAUUUUUUUCUCUUUCCUCAUCACUCCUCAUGUCUUGAAGAACUAAUCCCAGAGCCUGCUCAGCUUUCACUGACCAUUUAUUGCAUGAUUAAGCUUUAACUGUGUGAUAGCAGAGGCUGUCAGGUUCACUUGUCUAUGUGGGAUGAGUUUUUCCAACACACUCUCUCUGUAAUGUUUCAGAGAAAAAGUCCCUCAGCUCCAGUGAUUGGAUUCGAUGAGCUCUAAUGAGGAGUAUAAUUUCCCUGUGCUUUGAACUCUCUGUUUAGAUGUUUACAUGAGUUGUGUGACACACUCUUGGAGGGCAGAAAGAGUUCAAGUUCAACAAUUUGAAAACACAGAAAGGCAAUGCAUCUUUAUUUAUAAAGCGCAUUUCAUACCAAGGCAACUCAAUGUGCUUUACAUAAAAACAAAACUUUUUUUUUCAAGAACAGCAUAAAAACAAAACAAAAAAACACAGUUAAAAGCAGGAGCAAUAGAUAAAGUUUAAAAUUAUUCAAAAGAGCUUAGCCAUAAGCACGUGAAAAGAGAAAUGUUUUUAACCUGGAUUUAAAAGUGCUUACAGCAAAAGCAACAAGAAAACCUCUGUUCACUAAGUUAAAAAUGUAAAAUAUAAAGUGAAAGGUUGACAUUUUCAAGUCUGGUAAACAAUCUAUGGAACAAAUUUUUAAAUAAUCAAUCAUCAAUCUAUGAUCAUGUUUGGUCAAUUCUGUUUUCUAACUAUAAAAGCCUCACAAACAUAAAUAGCGAGAAAUUGAACAAACUGGUCUUAGUUUAUCAUGAGCUGCUUUUCUACUCCUCCUCCAGCAGGUGGGGCUGUUGCCUGCUUAAGCCCCUGUGUCUCAGGUGCACCUGUUGCCAUAGCAGCACAAAGAUAGUAGUGUUUCACUGGGCUCCAAGGGAGUUAGAAGCGCGUCUUUGUGUCUGUGUGUGUCUGUGUCCGCUCGCUGAGGGGCAGUGUGUGUUGACACCGCGCCUCAUUUGGAUUCACUUUUACUGAUAGUCGCGCGUACAGCCACGCUGUUGUCUAUGUCCAUGCAGACUUACCAGGAGUCUUUUAUCUGAUAGUAACUUCACAAUGACGGGGCUGCUGUCUGUGUUCUCUCUGCUGCCUGUCCAGACCUUAAAAAAGCCAGACGAUGGGCGAGGAGAACUUGAAGAAGAGGAAGAUCCAGGGGGGACGAGGAGAAGACAGGCUGCUAGAGGCAGAUUUUCCUCACAGGGUGAUGGAGGGUCGCCUGAUGAAGACCCUUACAGGUACUGACAGAAACGUAAUCUUACUUUUUAAACAUAAUUUGAUAAAUAAGACAAUAAUAACACGCUCUACAAAGAAGAAACUUAAUUGAUCAGUUUUAUACAUGAAAACCUGCAUGUUGUUUCUUUGAGGGGGUAUUGAGUAACCUUUGAAACACAAAAGACUAAAAUUCUAUGAACAGUCUUUCAAAGAUGAACAGACGUGUUUUCAUUUCAAAGCUAGACUUUAUUUCAAGUAUUUGAAUGUCUUUUUUUACAUCUUUUUUAACAUUUCUGUUUUGGGCUGCUUACAGAAACGUCCUGCGCACGGCAAAUGAGAAACUCAGUCAGGUUCUUGUUGACGUCCUGAAAACUACAGCAGCAGCAGAGGAAACGAUCGGCCUCCACAUGAAGAGUCUAAGAGACGCCUCCAGUGGAGAACAACAGGCCUCACUGCCCUUCUCCUCCACACAGAGGACCAUGACAACUCAGUCUGCAGGUAAGUGAGGUCAAAGUUGUUGUCCAUCUAAGUGUGUCAUCUCAGAUUAUUUGAGUUGGACUACAAAACCAACAGCAUGUACUCAUGUCAGUACUGAGUGAACAACGUCGUCUUCUAUAACUAUGUAAAUAAAGAGACUGUCGGUCUUUCUUUCAUGAUAGAAAAACACAUUAGCUGAUCAACAUGUGUAAAGAGUUGUCAUGUGGAAAUUAAACAUCAUUAUAUGCAAAGAGUUUGAACGCUGAUGUUAUUCAAUUCAAAGUUACCUAUCCCGUUUCCUUUCUCUGAAUGUCUCAUAAAAAGUGAAAACAGUGACUCCAUGGGAGCUAAACACAACAAAGUAUCAUGUUAACAAGUUAGUUGUAGUGACUUGCAAAACCAUGGCACCCUUGGAAACUACAGUAAAGAAAUGCAUAUUGACAGUUUCCUUUCUUAUGGCACAGUGGAAGAAAAUCUUUUUUUUGAUUUAUGUAUUUGUUUUGUGCAAUUGAAACAAAAUCUAGAAUUGUUCAACAAAGUGCUUUAUUGUUGGCUUUAUUCUUGUCACGGCUUUAUUUCAGCACUUUCUGCUACAAACAUUGUAUUAUUGCAUACAGUAUGUUGUGUACGGCAUCAUACUGAGAUUAUAAAAUUAAUAAUGUUGGCGGAAAAUUGAUUGAGAUUUAGAAAUACUCUCAUUUUAACGCUGAUUCCAUAGGAUUCAAGUUUUCUCCAUAGUCUGUCUUACUGCUGCUCUGCACAACCUUCACUAUGCAUAUCAAUCAUGAAUCGUACUCACUCCAUAAUGUUGGGUCACCACUAGUACUCUGCAUGCCUGCGCACUAAUCAUAGUUUGGGGGCUUACAUGUGCCAUAUUUCAUGUCAAUAUUAAUCAUUAUCAUAGCCUUUAAGUCCCUCCAAUUUCUGUUGCUUGGAAAAAACCCGCAAACACCAGUGAUGUGCAUAAUUCUGCAAGUACAAUAACUUAAAUUUGCUCAUGCUAAAAUAUCUACUGCUCUCGUUGUGUCUGCAUGUAAAAAUUGCCUCAAUCUAAAACUGUUUCAAUCAUACAGAGUAAAACUGACACAACAUGAUCUUUGACCUGCAAUGCUGUUUGCUGCCGUAAAUGAGAAUGUGGUGUGACAAAUUAUAUGCGGACUACGUCAUGUUGACUACCCUAAAGGCACGAUCACGUGACCAUGGUGCACUCAUUUGAUCCGGCAGAUGUAUGCACCUAUACUCUUGUUGUGGGUUUAUAUUUAGUCCUGGCGGGGCUCCUAGAUUAUUUUGUAAAUAAAUACAUGACAGAAACUACAUGAAAAGAUAGCCUUACAUCAUGUCUCGUUUCAACUCUUGAAUUAUUUAAUGCCUUAGUAGUUACUUUGCACUAUUUCCUCACAGUUAUCAUAUUUAUCUCCAAAACUACAGAUUAAAAAAGGUCGGAUUAACAGCUGCAUUCCUCUAGAGCUGAAAGAUAACUAGAUAGUCAGAAAAUGAUAAAAGUGUAAUCCAUGCAGAUCUGCACUCCGAUCAUCUGUUCACAGGUCACUCCGAAGAGGGUGUGAGCUUGUGGUCUGGAGAGAUGGAGGCUGAUGAAGGUCUGGAGCUCUUCCAGCAGAUGAUUGACAGCCUGCUGUUGGGGGCGGGGACACAACUGGAGAACGAGGAAUAUCUGAUGGGCAUCAGCAGCCGGCUCCAGACCGCCCUGAAGAAGAUGUUGAUGGCGAUCACCGACACCACCAACCAGGUACAAACUGAACAGUCUUUGGUUAGCUGGGAUCAAUUCACGGAUAUUUGCUUAAAGUUGUUGAUGGAGCGGCAUUGGUAUAAUCCUCUUCAUUCAACUCAGUGGAAAUUCUGCACUUAUAUAUUUUAAAAAACAAAAAAGUGUCGCAUUUGAUCAUAAUCUGAGGGACUGGAUGUUUUGGUUUUACUUCCCUAAAAGCACCAGGAUGUAAACAGAAAGUUACUCAACUUUUAAAGCCAGUUCUUAGUAUAAAACUAUUUUUGAAUACUUGGUGUUUUGGGUACUCAUCUUCUAUUUAUUAAAUAAUCAAAAGGCUAAAUAAAAGCGAUGGCUCUUAGAAGAAAGCACUCUCUGUAGAGCUUUUCCUCAACAGUGCGUGCCUAAAAGUUACUUUCGAAACAGAAAACUCCAGUAGUGACACAUUAAGGCUUUGUCAUAACAUUUAAAUACACACGCUCAACACUGUUAACCCCCUCUGAGGGUUUUUUUGCCUGUUGGAGGACACAUAAUAAGGAAUGAGACUGCAGAAUUUGGCUGGCAACAAAGUUGGCCCGUCUAGAGCUCACACACAAAAGAGCUGCCUCAUUCCCUCUGGUUGCCUAUAGAUACGAGAAGUAUUUACACUGAGCUUUUGUCUGCUCCGCUGGCCUAUCAUAGCCCUGGCCGGCUCCAGCCCCCCCCCCGAGGCUGUGCAUGUAGAGCGCCCGCUGUGUCCGGUGUCAGCUCACAGAGACGGGGCAACUUAAACUAGGCCAUCGACUGUGUUACAGUAACUCACAGCGCUGCACAUCUUCCCCCUCGGCUGAAAUCCAUGCGUUACUCACGCUCAGAUGGACUUUAUCUUGGUGGCCUAAAAAUAGCUUUAAAGGAAUAUCCACACCAGAGAGUUCAUGUUGGUUAAACAUUAUGUAUUCAAUCAUAGUGGUCUUAUUUUUUGUUUAAUAUGGCGAGGACAUGACAAAUCCACUGCUUACGGCUGAAGAAAUGUCAAUUUUUGCACAAUCAUUUGAAAUGUUCCACUAUUUAGGACAAGAAAAAUAAAAGUAUACAUGUAACACGUAAAGUCCACAUGUAUUCUGGGAAAUUUUGCCAUUUUAUUGACAAAAAUGGUUUAAUAAAUUACAGAAGUGAGCCUUAGUAAAGACGUACUCUUGCUUUUACGAGCAGAUUACGUUAUAAACAUACGUCCUCGCCAUGUAUACAGAAUUAACAGCCCAAUAAACCCUUUAUCAACAACACCUCUAAUGGUUUCUUCAAUGAUUGUCCUGCUUCUAUUGAUCGGUUAUCCAUUAGUCUUGUCUGCGAAGCGUCGUGAGCAGAGAUUGAUGUAACAAGCCGGUCAGGAAUGUAAAGUGUCUUUGUUAACUUGCUUGCUGUAAAUAAUUUGCCCGGUGAGGGCGUUUGCUCGCUUCUCAUUAUGUGCCGAUGAGAGGUGGAAAUUGUUGGUGUGCAGUCAGUGUGACAGCUGACAUGCCGAACAGAGACGGUAGGUGGGACCAAGAGGCGGAAAGUCACAGCACCUUAAUUGCUCUUUUUUUUUUUCCUUUGCGGCUACGUACAGAGGGGAUCUGGUUUGACAACUUUUUGUUGGAAGGGCGUGUGUUAUCUGUGGGUUAUUUGUGUGUAGAGGCAGAGUGAUCUAUUUGCAAACUUACCUGGCCCACUGGCUCUUGUGAUUAGAGCCACACCUGCUUCCCUCCCACUUCUGCUGAACAGUAUCCUGCUCCGAGCGUUCAAUGUAGGAAGUGAAAGGAAAGUCCUGCUGUCCUAAGCUGUGGAAACCUGCCUGGAAAGUUUAGGGUUUUUGCCUUUUUACCCUCUGAAGCAUGUGAGUAAAGUGUAACAAGGGGAUAGCUGCCUGUCUGGGUGAGUAAACUGUACCUGACACAAGAGAGAGGUCCAGAGCGGUAUUCCAGAGCGAGCGCAGGAGCAUGCGUGGAGAGGGAAUGACAACAGUCCUAGAAGGAAGUAAAAAGUGAAUGACGGACGACCCGAGAGCUGUCAGCGCACUUCCCACAGACGGCUGCUGCUCGGACCAAACAAUUAAAUAGGGGCCACUGGGAGGCUUCCCUGCAGGUCGGGGUUGCUACGGGCGGCAGAGUGUUGUUGAUGAAUCUCCAGAGAGAGAGAGAGCGGAGAGAGAGCGAGAGGAGAGAGAGCAAGUGAGUACAAACGUGGGGGUGUGAGCUCCACUGAGCGGGAUGAUACUGUUUCACUCUGAGGAAAGAAGGUCAGAGAGAACAGCGGAAGAGAAAUAGAGGUCUGUGCAUCUUCUUUAAAGAGGACAGAAGGAGAAGAAAUGUCUGCUGCUGUGUUGACAGACCUCCUGUGGUUCAACGCUGGAAUGCCUUUCAAGCUGCCGGACGGAGGUGAAACUUCUAUCUGCUGCAGAGGAUGACACUUUUUGACGGGACUACAUAUUUUCUUAUCCUCAAGAAUAUCAGCAUCUACACAUUCCUCCUCUACAAUGAUUGUGCUCUUGUGAAAGCUACCCUCUUCAGUUGUCUUCUCGUCUUGUGCGUGGAAAACACAUAGAAACUGUUGCUUGGAGCCGUCGUCAACGUCGCUAAAUGCUCCAUCCCCACUGGACUUCAUGCUCAUUUGCACAAGCUCAGCCAAGAGAUAAUAGCUGACAGAAACCGCCUUUCAUGACUCCGGGAAAGCAGCUCGGACACAUCAAACCAAAGUCCCUUUCAAAUUCACCCAUCUACCCUUCGCCAUGGAUUCCUACCGCUCGUAUUGGAACUCGAACAGCACGUGGGUGGAGGGGGCGGACCAGGACGUGUAUGAAGUGGAAUCCCGUGUACCACUUCCCCGACCUUUCCCCGUCUGCGACACUUUAAAUGAGAGAAACUCCGUGGUGGUGCAGACCCAGAUCUCGCACAUCAAUCACAGGGUUAAUGGCCACCUGCUUAAGGUUGUCUCCAAAAUCUCCCUCCCCACUCCUCCUUAUACAGUAAGUUUACACCCGUGACUCUGCUGUUUGCCUUUGGCCUCUCUUAUCCAGAUAAAGAGAUCUGUGCUGAUUAAUAUUUCAAAGAUACAUUUCCUCCGCUUGUUUAAUGUAGUUCAGGUCCGCACAUGCAGAUAUAAUGCAAAUUUAAUGUCGCUCCACAUAGCACAGCACACAGCAGCUUUGUUUAGGCUGCUUUUGAAACACUCCGUACAAGAUUAGAGUGCUUUCCAUGUGGCAGGCUCACUUUAACACUUCCUGGUUCUCUAUAUGUUAGAAUUAGACCUUUGCUCGGGGAGAUACAGUAAACUAUAAAGAGGAACUGUGGGCGUGCACGUGAGCAGGAUAACAGAUUAUCACAUUAUGAUGAUUUUAAAGCUAAUGGCCAUCAGCUCUCUGACCGGAGGAUCAUUGUACAAAGAUGAUGUCAGCUUACUACAACAUGUUAUUGACUUUUGCUCAAGUUAUGCUUGUUUUUUUUCAAAGUCCUCGCUUGUAUGUUCAAGUUUGCUCUUUUAAAACCCAAGCGCAGAGACUGUUAGCUGUCAGGUCAGAGAAUUUGGAGUUAUAGAGUAUCCUAACUUAUCUACAAUCUCUGUUUUAGGCCUUGAAAUAGGAAUGAGAUUCAUGGUGAGAUUAUCAAAAUUUGAAAUGUGAUUCACUGACGUUGUAAAAGGAAGAUAAAAUCAUGGCCAAACUCUCAUUUCUAAACCAAAAGAGGACAUUCAUCUGAAUAAAGUGAUCAUUUUCCUUGUGUGCUCAUGAAAAGAUCUGGUACCCUUGCUUUCCCACGGGCAAAUUGACUUGUUGAAAAUCCGCACAGCGCCCUUGACAAACAGCUAGUUUAGAUUUUUUUAUCUAAUAAAAAUCAAGCCCUCAGUCGUAACUUUUCCUCCUCUGUGCCACCUUUCUUUCCUCUUCCUCUCUCAGCUGGAACAUGCCCGGAUGACCCAGACGGAGCUGAUGCGGGAGUCCUUCCGCCACAACCAGGAAAUGAACGAGCUGCUGCAGAAGCAGGAGGAGCUGCAGGAGAGGCUGUCCGAGGAGGCCAGAGCACGAGAACAACUCGCUCUGGAGCUUCACCGGGCCGAGGGUCAGUUCUCCUGGAUAACACCUUUAUUAACCAUGACAAAGAGCGGCUGUUUGCAGCGCUUAAAAGCCUUUAUUUCAGUUCAAAUGCGUCUGUAUGUCAGAGUAAUGACAGCAGAGCAUAAGGCCCUGGAGUAGAAAUACAUGUGUGCAUGUGCAAAUGUUUUGGGAGGGUGUCAAAGGGAGUGAUGGGAUCAGCUGUUUGGUAGGGAGAGUGAAGGAGGUGAGACCAUCUGUGGUGAGAAAAACAACAAAUGGUGAUUUCUGUGUGUCAGCCUGUCUCUGUUUGAACCUCUGAAUCCAUGUGUGACAACUCGGUAAUAAAGGAUCAUGUCAGGAGGUAGAAUCAGUAAAUCUUAGUUCACCAGAAAGUUAUUGUUUAACGCCGCAAGGGAUCAUUUUAUAAGUGAAAGUAGGGAUCGAACAUCUACUCUCAACAGUUGGCACCAUAGAACAUAUCCUUCUUUCCUUCAUAGUCUGCCAGUAUAAAUAGAUAUAUAUAUGAGUUGUUAUUAUUAUUGGUAUUUUUGUUGUUAUUAUUUAUAAAACCUUUACAAUAUGAAUAACAAGAACAGUCUGGCAGUAAAAUCUCACAUGCGAGCUGUGACAGAUCUUGUUUGGGCUGAGAGGCAGUCAGCUCGAUGCCUCAUCCAUGUCAGAGACAGCUGGUCCACGAGGGUCAACUGUUACCUCCACACUCGCUCAGUCUCACAGCAGACUCCGUCGUCUGGGCCGGCUGUUAAAUCCCCUCACAUAAUUUGGCAAAUUUACAGCAAUAGAGGAUUCAUUUUUUCUCUUUGUGCUGACACAGAUCAACGGUGAGUUUACAGCUUUUCCUAAUCUAAUCUCAAACUGUCAGCCUGGAGUAGGAUCCUGUUCUGCUGUUUGUUUUCUGUAAUCGUACAGAGUCGCUGAAGAUUGGCAAAUAUUUGCUGUCAUUAAGGGCUUUAAAGUUUUAAAUGGUAGCCAGGCCAUGUGGUAGAUGGUGGAAAAUACAACUGAGAGGAGGAGAAAAAAACAGCGUUAAAUGAUGCAUCAUGCUGUUUUUACAUCUUUUAAUCUGGAUAUUAUUGCGUUUUAGGGUGAUAAGCAAGUCUGUGAAUUUGUAUUUCUACUUUUUAGACCAAAGUGAUGUCUUAGGUGUUUUUGUUUUCACCUGAUCAGUAAUCAAAAAGCAUAGGAGCAGAAAAUCCAGAUACUUUAGAUGACAGAACCUGAGAAUAUUGAGAGUUAAUUGAAAAUAACUUUACAAGAUGCCCCACAUUUCUUGUUUUUGUGCACCCAGCUGACUGCUCUUCUGAUAUCUCCCAUCACAACAACACAGGCUAGCACAGACUGGAGCUAGACUUCACUCUUAUGAAAUUAGGACAUAAUUCUCACAGAUUUACAACUUUAUUCUAAUCAUAUCAUGACCUUAUUCUUGUAAAAAACAACUUAAUUUUCAUAAAAUUACAGCUUUAACCUAACCCUUAUUGCCCAAAAUAUAAUUUCAAUUUCUUUUUUUGUCUUUCCAGCUCUAAUAAACAAACCACAUUACGUUAGAAACAGCCAAGUUGUAGUUUCAUGAUGUGUAGUCACACAGCAAAUAUGCCCGUCAGGUUAUGUGUCACAUGUAUACUCAGUUAGCUUUAAGGGAGUGUUUGAAUUAACAUGCGUCUCGUGCAUAUUUAUUUGUGCGAAUACCUGUGAAGGGAGAGAGAUAUAAUUCUCAUCCUAUUGUGCAGGUUCUCCACGCAGGUAAACGCUCAGGGUGCGGCCUUUUCAAACAGGUUUGAAUGAACUCAAAGAGACAGGCUCAACCUGGAAAAAAAAAAGAUCCUUCGAUUGACAUGACGUGUUACAUGUCAGUGAAACCACUUCACAGGGUAGAGAGUCACUCUUUCUUACCAUUUCAAUAUAAGGAAUCAAAAGAUAUCGGGGUUGUAGCGUUGGGGCGUAUGUGUGUUUAUAGAUUCCCAUGAUUGCUCUGUGUAUUCAGUUGAUCAGGUGUUUUUAGCCACUGAUCAUGUGAGUGCCAUGGCUGUGGAUCCCUCCUUAGACAAACUUCACAUGCAGCUUCGGUUCCUGCUCAGAUGUCUGUAAUAAUCACCAUCACCUGACAACACAGGUGACAUCUACCACUUGUCUGACUGCUUCCAAACACACACACACACACAAACACACACACACACGGAGCUUCAUGAUCUCAUGACAGCUGUUAACAAGACUCGAGUCAGAUACUGUGUGUAUUUUAUAAAACUGCUGUCAUAAAGUCCAGAAAAUUAAGCCAUCAUUUAUCACCAGUGUGUGUGUUGGUGUGUGAGUCAUCCCUCGCCUGUAACCUCAUCCUGGUGCUUCAUGCUUGCUGACCUGUGACAGAGCAGAACUGUAAUGAUGGAGCAUUUCAUUGUGUUCACAGCGCAGUCUUGUGCUUCAUGUCAAGCAAAAUGGGUCAGACAUGCUAGCUUGUGUUUUCUCAGCGCUGUGCAUGCAUGUCUGUGAGCCUUGGCGUGCUCAUUUGUAUGUUUUUUAGUUUCAGGCAUUGUUGUUGGUAACCUUGGAUUUUGUGUCCCUCUGUUAAGUGCUCACUCAUCUGGAUGGCUGCCCUGUGUGUGUGUGUGUGUGUGUGUGUGAAUGUUUGCUUGACUAAUAGAUGCUUAGCUUAAAGGAAUUCAUCUCAGUUCGUCAGCUGAGUGAUUACAAGAAUUUUAAAGGCAAAAUAAUGAUAAUAAUGAAGUUUUAUGUCUGUGCCCUUUUUAAUUAUCCUCUUGUGUUUGUCCACAUGCAGGUCUGAUUGAUGGCUACACCGGAGAGCGCGCCGUGCUGGACGAACAGUUUCGUCAGAAGGAAGAGCUCCAGCUGAGCCUCGAGCAAGAGCUGCAGGUGAGACAUUCCAGCUGCAGACAGGAGAGAAAAUAAUUAUCUUAUGGUGAGAGAGAACAUGAUCUGACAAGCUUUGAAGAUAGUUUUUUUUGCUUCUGGCAAAAAUGAGUUGUGACAUCCUUUUUAAGAGCAAUUUCGUAAGGCAAACUUUAAUCUAGCUGCAACCGCUGCAAGGUAAAGAAACAUUAUCAAGAACGUUAAUUAGCUAAUCUAAACUCUCUCUAAGUCAAAUAUUCAUGUUUCGUCUUGUACAAAUCCAGGCUGAAAGCAUUUAAGGAUAAACCUGGCAUGUUCCUUUAUGUUGUUGUCAGCAAGUCAGAUUAGAAGCCAGAAUUCAACAACGAAUAUCUGUUGAUCAGAACUCAAAUGUAGAUCUUCAGUAAGGUCUUAUCAACACUCUUGAGACACAUUCUUGAGACAAGGGACAAAACAUGUUUGAAGAUUUGACAUUUACUUCAUUUGAAAUGGUCAUAUUUGUAGGGGAACGUCUCAACUAGCAAGGGAUCUUUUCCCUAAAGUCGGGCUUAUGCGCUUCAAAUCCUUAUUUCUGUCAACUCUGUCAGACACGCUAAGAUACCUUUUAUUUUAACUUAAUUUAUGACAUAGGAAUGUCAGGUGUUUUAGUGAACUUAUGAUGGUAAUUAGCAAUAAAGUUCAGAAAUGAAAUGUAUGAUAAAGAUGUUUUUUUAAAUCCUUUUUUACACAAAUCUAUUGUAACGUUUUUGACAAGUUUGAUUACUUCUUUUUAUCGUAAACAUAAAUGUAUUUUUUGUGGGACAGGUUUUGUCUCUUCACUUAACAAUCAGUGUAAUAAUAAUAAUAAUAAGAAGAAGAAUAAGAAUGAAAAUGAUUGUGAUUAUUUUUAUUAUUAUUAUUAUUAGUAGUAGUAGUAGUAGUAGUAGUAGUAGUAGUAGUAGUAGUUGUAGUAGUAGUAGUAUUUACCAUUAUUAUUAUGGCGAUAUUGAUGAACUGAAUGAACUGGUGUUUCUUCCUCGCAGGUGACGAGUAGCCGUCUGCAGGAGCUGGAGCAGGAGAGGCUUCAGAUGCAGGAGGAGCGUGAGCUGUUGUCACGGCAACAAGACGCCAUGAAAGAGCAGGCCGGGUCCCGCGAGCUCCGUACGUAUCCUGGAGCUCCUUUACCUCUUGAGAAAAUCAAACGGAAUGAUUUUUUUGUAUUUGCCUUCUUAUAAAAACCAUCAUGCAGUCAGCUGGAGAGAAAUCUAAAGAAAAACUGGAGUGAGAGAGAAGGAAACAAAAGUUCACAAUGUCACCUCAGUUUUAUGUUUUUAAACAGGUUACAAUUACUGUUUAAAAAAAAAAAAAGUCACUCAAGGUCGAUUUAAUGAAUGAAUGAAUUGUCAUGAAUUAUUACCUAAGACCAAGUUAGCUGGACAGUCCACACAGUUAAAACUGUUCUCUCUCCUCUUUCAUAUUAACAUAAUGUAUGUUGACAGUACACUUCACAUGAUCUGCAUGUGUGCUGGUUUUUAAAAGGGUCCACAGCUCUUAUUUAAACUGCUGUGACCUUGUAUCGAUUUCCUCUUAAGUUCCUGUGCCAUGAUGAAAAUAGUAACUAACGUUUAUGAGCUGUAAUUUAGCGAAGUCAUGAGGACCAGGCAUUCCAAGCAAGGCUCAUUAAAAUCUGUAUUUUUUCCACAGCAGAAACAAACAGAGGCAUGUCUCUUAGUGUCUCCAAAACUUUCACAACAGUGUUUGUGCCACAACUCAUAUUGCACUAGAAACUUAAUUUUUUUGUAUCUUUUUUUCACAUUAUAACUCUUGUAUUAUCAAAAAGGUGUGCCAUGCAUACAUGUCUGAUAAAAUGGUGAGUAUUCUGUACAAAGGGGUUUGAAUCCUGCAGGCUUUUCCCUUUCACAGCAUCCUCUCCUCAGCCCUCAGAGAAGCACCGCUCCUCUUUCCUCACCUUCUUCUAUUCUGAGAGUUUUCCUGUUCACAGAAAAAAAACAAGAGCAUGUUACAUUCCUGUGCUUUUCUUAUUCUCCUGUAGGCCUAGUUGAAGCUGCAUUGGUUGCAGCACCUGAAGCAGGUGUGUCCACUUUGAGCAUGGCUCAGUCAUAUCUUUUCUAUGUUUUUUACUGAUCGUAGCAGAGUGACCUCUUUAACCCUAAUCCAGCAACUCACCAACCAAGCUUGGAGCUUGCUUGCUAUGGGCUCUUAAACUCACUCAGACCAGCCACUAACCUUUGCUUCAGCUUUUCAUUUUGACUGAUUUUGUCCUGGUUUGUCUGUUUUUAAUGUCUUGGAGUUGGUGUUAGCAUCAAUGUUAGCAUGAUAAAAUUAAAGUUUUCUUUAGUCACUUAUAUUUAAGCAUAAUUUCCGUAUUGUCAACCAUCCACACUCCACUUUGAGACGGGUGCUGUGUUUACAGCAUUUCUGUAAAGGAGUGUGAUGAUUGGCCAUUCAGGAAGUCCCUCCCCUUGCCUGUAAAAGCUCAUUGGGCAUGGAUACCGCAAUGUCUGGGCUGUUCACAUGUUUGUUCUGUCAUCUGCACUCUCUCACCUUUUACUUUUGCACUAAUCCUGCGAGGGGUUUGAUCCUGGGUGGACGGUGUGGGUUGGUUACCGGUGGUAGCACAGCAAAGAGGCAUCAUGGUGGAGAAUCAUAUCUGGGAACGGGGGAUGGUGUUGGGAAGCAUGCUGAAAUGAAUGAAGGGUCAGAAGUUAGCCAGACAAAGCUUUAAAAUACAUUUCGUACUCCAAAGUUUUAUAACAUAGAGAUGAUUGUUUUAAAGAGAAGAAAAUCAGAUGGCUCACACACUUCAGACUCUUCAGAAGCUCCAUCUCAGCAUGACUAAAAUCAAACAUGGAUAAAAAGUUAACCUGAUCCAGCCUCCAUCGCUCGAGAAGCGGAGAUAUCUAACCUCCUUUCCCUCUGCAGACCUGCUGGAGGAGACAGAGAAGCUGAUGAAAGAGAAGGUGGAGGUCCAGCGUCAGGCAGAGAAAGAGAACACCGACCUCCUGAAGCAGGUGAAGCUUCUGGAGGCGGAGCUAGAGGAGCAGGUCAACAAGGUGAUCGAACUGGAGCACGCUCAGAGAACGGAGAGCGGGGACCUCCAACAGCAGAUCCAAGCCCUGGAGAAACAGCUGGAGAAGAACAGGAAGUUCCUUGACGUAAGUGACUGAAAAUGAAACUUAAACUUUCAGAUGCAGUUUGAUUCAUCCAGAAGUGUGAUAUUUUUUAUAAUUUCUGGGCUGCAUUGAUGAUGAAUAAAACUCAUACAGCAGAUCUCACUGGAGCUGAAAUCAUCACAAGAUACGGUACUUUGUCUAUAAGUUUCUUGUUUACAAACGGCUCCUAAGCCAACCCAAGCUAGCUUUAUAAUUAGUCCUGUGGUCGGGUUUAAUGUCACUUUGUGCUCUAAUGAGUUCUGUUCCCAUCAUCCUAAUUGGGCCACUUGGACAGGAGCUGGCAUGUUAUUGUUUAGAUGUUGUUUGAGUGCAGAUUCCCUCGGGUCUGUCCUAUUGACCUCUGUCACCCACAAAGAGGGAAAUGACACGCCGGUAAACACGUAAUUCUCUAAUUUGAUGAGUAAGACCUUUGUUUUUUUAAUUUUAAAUCUAUUUUUCUGUUGUUUUCCAAUGGUUACUGUUGCUGUUGUGAUUUUGUAAAUAAGUCGUUUAAACUUUAAAAAUAAAGUUUCACUUUUAGGCAUUAUGGUCUGCAAAUCAAAUGGAUUGUAUAAUAAACAAAAACAUCAAUGUUGCCUCCUUUAUCUCAUAGUUUUUGUUUAAUAGAAUACAUCAGAUGACAAAGUUCACCAUAAACAGAGGUCAUAUCAGUUCACAAUACGUCCUAUUGUUGCCUUUAAAUUAAAAAUGAAAACAAAUUCUCCAUCAACAGAUAUUUGGUUAAAAAUCUUCCCCCUUCCUGUUGACAUUUUCUCAUCCAGGAACAAGCUGUGGACCGGGAACACGAGAGAGACUUCUUCCAGCAGGAGAUCCAGAAACUGGAACAACAGCUGAAGAAUCCACAGAAGCUCCAGGCCGGCUCAGAGCAAAGAAACUUAGAGGUAACAGGAGAGAGCUUCGAUUUCUGCCAGAGGACCUGGCACUGAAUGAGAUGUUUACUUUCUGAACAUAACACUCAUGUGGAUUUGAAUGCUGAGCAAAGAGCCGCACAGAGGAACAAUAGAGCUCUUAAAGUUACAUGUGCUGCCCUGAAAGUGACACCAAAUCUUGGGCGGGUUAUUCAGACUCUGAUUAUUGAGUUCUAGCUCAGUUAUAGUUAGUAAAAUAAUCCUGGUAUUAAAGAUCAUCUGCUCUCAUUCAAAGGGUUUACCUGGCCCCACUCAUCAUUUUUAUAGUGAGAAUCUCAAUAGGAAUAUAUGAAGAACAUAAAAUGGGUUUCUUUGUGUUGUUGGCUACAGAUUGAUGGCCUACUUUACCUCUAUUUAUCUUAAUUUAACACCAAAAACAUUGACAACAGGGUUCCUACACAAGAAUGGAAAAGUAUGGAAGUAAUUUGAUCAAUUCCACGGUCUUAAAAAGUUUGGUAAAUGGAAAAUUAAGUACGAAAAUAUAUUUAGGUUUCCAGAAUAUCACCACAGUAAAUAAUGUUUUCCAAAAUAGAAAAGUAGGUAUUUCCAAAAAUAGUUCUAAAAAGUAGGUAUGGAAAAUUAUGUAAAUUCCAACUGUGUAGGAACCCUGUGACAAGUAUUUGACCGUAACAGAAAAAAUAUACCUCUGUAUCACUUGCUUGUUGUGUUAAAAAGAGCAGAUCAAACGCAAAAUAUAUCUAUCUGUGCAUUAGAGAUAUUAAUCCCAUCAUGCUGUCUGUUUGAACAUACAUGUUUCCUUUCCUCAUCGAUGGGGUUAUCAGCUGUCAUUUUUGAUCAGAUCACAAACCAGCCCACAGGUUUCUGCAGGCAAGGAGAAAUUUCACUCGGGUCAAAAUUGUUGUCUUCACGCGGGAGCAGAUCUAAGGCCUAUUAUCCGUGCACAAUUCAAAGUAAUUUACCAGUGAGACAGCAUGCUGUGUGUCGUGAUAGCACAUUUAUUUCAAUCAAACACUCACCUAAUAUUUAAAAUAAUUUAGUCGGGCUGUGUCAGGGAUUUCAUCAGGGAUAGAGUAGGAGUGUAAUGCUCAGCAGCUGCAUUAUAGUCUCUGAUUUUAUCCUUGACAGACAGACAGACAGACAGACAGACUUUAUUGAUCCCAAACUGGGAAUUCUCAAAUUCUCAUUCUCGCUGCCUUGCUUCUUGAUUGUUUCCUCCCUAGUAUUCCAACUUCUUGUGUUUCUACCUCAAACUUUAGCAUAAACAUUCCUCCAGCUUCUCUUUUACGCUCUUGUGUUACGUACCCAGAGGAAACGUUCAGUCUCCACAGACUCCUGCCACAUUUCAGUCACCAAGUGCUUCUCUUCUCUUCCUCCUCUUGCCCUCAAACUCUCCACCCUCUGAUCCUUUACGCCUCUGCCUUCUCUCUCCCGUGGCUUUUACAGGUGGAUGGAGUAACCUUGAAGGUAUUGCUUCUAGAUACAUGUAGACUGAAGUCGUCCCCUCAGAGAGCGUUUAGUGCAUUUUAGUAUCCCCACCCUAACCCUGUAGUAGUUCAAUCCUCGUCUGUGCCUCUCAUCCUUCAUACUGUUUGCUCCAUUCGUGCUCUGUUGUUUUGAAAACACUUCCAAAAAUUGGUCCUUUUCACUCAUUUUGACCUUUGUCUCUCCGAAAGAUGUCACAGUCUUAAAGAUUUUAAAAACGUUUGAAGGGAUUUUAGAAAUAUUUUACAUUUAAGGCCAGAGGAGUAAACACUUUUUGCAGAGUUCAUAUUUUUUUAAAGCCAUGAAACAAACCAUUUUACAUCCAUACUAUUCUCUUUAAUAAUCGAACACAUAAACACUUUGUAGUUAGUCAUUUUGAGUGAUUCAGAUUGUUUUUGUACCUGUUUAGAAAUCACCUUAAAGUGAGGGACAAAUAAACAAACAAACAAGUGUCUUGAGUCUCGCUUUAACGAAACUUCUACUGAAAAACACAGAUUUUUGAACACCCUGAUGACAUUAUUCUGUUCCAUCCAUAAAUAAACCACAGGAGACCUGCCACUAAAGCAGCAUUGGCUGAUAAAAAUAGACAUUCAGUGCUGAGGUCCUCUCAUGUAGAGUCCAUCCUACUCUCCAGUUACAUUAAUGUUUAAUGAAGAGCUUGAAUCAGGGCGUGGAUUUCAUCAGUCUGCUACGCUGUCGUUUGUUUUUACUGAAAGUUUAUUUCUCUUUAAUGACCUGGCACUGAACAAAUUACAUUAAAACUCCACAUAAAUUAAUUAUUAAAUUCAUCUUGAGGGACAGUAAACAGUCUAGAUAUAAUUUUCUCUUGUCUUGAGAUCAUCUGGAUCAGACUUCCCUCCUGUUGACCCCCCUUCCCCCGCCUUCAUUGAUCUGCUGAUGUUUUCCCGCCUCACAGAUGGAUCCGUUACCUGCCAGCGGUCCUCCUGCUUCAUGUUAAUUCAUGUCACCCAUGAUGAAAUGAAACUCUCCCCUCUGUCCCCUCACCCUUUUUCACUCUCAGCCCCCCCUCCUUUCUCAGGUGGAUCAGCUGACCUCCCAGCUAGCUGCACAUGUACCAGCUAUGCUGUGGCAAGUGGCGUCUCUGAGUGAAUCUCAUUAAGACGAGCCCCCCUCUCUCUCUCUCUCUCUCUCUCUCUCUCUCUCUCCCUCUCUCCCUCUACCAGGUGGAGCAGCUGACCUCCCAGCUGAAGGAGAAGGCGGAUUGGUGCAGUGAGCUGCUGCUCAGCUCUGAGCAGCUGCGUCGUGAGUUGGGAGAGCGCAACGAGGAGAUUGACAAGCUGGAGAGCCGCAUCCGCGAGCUGGAGCAGGCCCUGCUGGCCAGCGCUGAGUCCCUGGAGAAGGUAUGAGGGAGGGGGGUAAACGGAGGGAGAGGAUAAAGGUUGUAUGAUGGAGACUCAGUCAGGGAGAGGAGCAGUAUGAACAAUAGCACUGCAGCUUCGCAGAGUGUGUGUGUGUGUGUGUGUGUGUGUGUGUGUGUGUGUGUGUGUGUGUGUGUGUGUGUGUGUGUGUGUGUGUGUGUGUUUUAAGAGGAUGUAGAUGAGGUGACAGAUAAAGGAGGAGGCAGAGAGAGGGAGAACAAUGAGUGGGUGGGUCUACUUUCACAGCCCGGGCAGUUUGCUGUUAGGGAUGCCACCAAGCCAAAGCUAGCAAGUGUGAAGUCCCCCCUCUGCCCCCGUCUCAUGUUAGUGGACGGCUGUGGUGAGUCAAUAAAAAGGGAAAGGAAGGAAAUCAACCAACUGCAGUAGCAGAGUGAAGGAUACACGGACAAUGUGCUUCCUUAGAGAUCUGUCAGAGUUAGUCCUCUCUGUGCAGGUUGUAAAUAACUGUGUGUUUGUUUGUGUGUGUUUGUGUGUGUGUGUGUGUAUGGCAGGUUGAACAAAAGAAGCAGCAUGCAUCUAUCACAGAGGCAAGACAGUCCACACUGGAGGCUCAGCUUCAGACGGAGAGAGAAGCUCUGGAGCGGAAAGAGAAGGAGGUAGUGUGCUGCUCUGUCUCUCUCAUAAAAAUGAUUUCCUGCUUUCAAAUGAACAUUCAUCGUUAGCGUAGAUCUGUCACAGUCCUGUAGUUCGGGUGCGAUUACUCUCCUGUAUCCUGCUCUUUAUUUUUUAUAAGCGUCUCCUGGUGUCUAAUCUUAGUCGUCUUUUCUCCGUUCCCUCAGAUCUGUAACCUGGAGGAGCAGCUCGAGCAGUUCAGAGAGGAGCUGGAGAACAAGAGCGAGGAGGUGCAGCAGCUUCACAUGCAGCUGGAGAUCCAGAGGAAGGAGAUCAGCAGCCAGCAGGAAUAUCUAGAAACAAGGGAUAGCAUGAUUCAGGUAAAGAUCAUGAGUCCAGCUUACGUUAAGUCCAGCUGUGUGUUUAGUGGGUUUCUUCCACUUUGUAAACACAUUAUUUCUGCUAAACAAACAGUACAUAUAAAUGUUUUAUUUACACGUUAAUCUUUUUUUUUAAUCUGUUUUUGUUUGAUCGAUUUUAUUCCUGUUUUACUAAAGAGCUGAAGAGAAACUGCUGGUUGAUGACUGAUCUAAUACAGCUGCAGAAAAAUUGAAGAGAUCACUCCUAUAUUAUUUUCUUUAAAUCAGCAUAAUAAGGUUCUGAUUUAGUGAUCACUUGACUUGCUAUUAACCAUGCUUGAAAUUCUGUGUCAGUUCUUGGCGUGUAAAAGACUGGUGAAAGGCAUGAUAACAACUAUAAAAGUUAGAGCUGGGACGCUAUGCUUUCCUGCCGAUUCGAUUCUUCUACGAUUUUUUCUUUAUGCUGAUUCGAUUUAAAUUGCGAUUCUACGAUAAUGACGAUUUUCUCGAUUUUUAGUCUGCAUUUUUAACACCAGUGAAACAGCUGAAUGAUUAUGAUUGUCUACUGACUAUUUCAGGAACCAAAAAUACACAUCACAUGUAAGUCAGUCUUUAAGAUGUAUUCGUAAAUUUGAAAAAAAAUCGAUUUUGGCCAUAAAAAUCGAUUUUUGAACAUAAAAAUCGAUAUAAAAAUUUGUAAAACAAAAAAUCGCGAUAUUCAUCACACACAUUUUUUUCUCCAACGUCUAAUAAAAGUCAAAAUUAAAAUGAACCUUUUAAAUUAAAGUCAGGGUUUUUUGUCAGAGCUCUUUCCAAUAAAAACAUUACGUUGUUUAAAAAUGAACGUGAGGAUUCUGUCAUGGUAUUAUUCAGGGUCUUAAAUAAAGAUUUAGUUUUCUUUUUAAUUAUCUGAAGUAAUCUUUCACUCAAAGUCAAACUUGUUUUAAUAUAAAAAAGAGAAAGAAGUGUGAUAUUGCAUUGGUCUCUUGUUUUUCCUGAGCUGUCUGUGUCAUUUUACUGAAUUCGCUCUUUCAUUCUUACUUUGAAAGCACAAAAAAAAGCACAAGCCCCUUAAAACUGCAGAAUCAUCUCGGUUCAGCUGCUCUCCUCAGAUAAGACGUUUGCUCUGUGUUGCUAAUUUUACUUUGCACAUCUCAGGGUUUUUUCUUUGCACAUUUUUCUCUCAUUCAAGAUUGACUGCGGCUGCUGCUGGCACUUUUAUUUAUUUAUUUGUUUAUUUUUUUUAACUUUUUUUUUACUUCAGAAGUGUACUCUCAGCAGUCGGUCUCCAUGCCAACUCAGGUUGGACUUGAGCGUGCCGUGUUCAUUAAUAGCCAUCACAUUAUAAUCUCUGACUUUUAAAGGUGAUGGAGCAGAAGGACAGGGAAAUAGCUCUUCUUAAUGAAAAGAUCUCUAAGCUUCAACACAUGGAAACAGCUUCUGAUAACAAGGUAACUCCAUAUGCAUAUACGAAAUAGUAUCAACGUCUAUUUCGCAUAGGCAUAGCUCCCUGGUGUCGCAUCAGUGUGUGUGUUUCUUUGGUUUCAUUUACACUUUUGUUUGCACCGUUUUUUUUGUUGGGUUGUUUUUGCUUGUUUUGUCUCGGUAAGUAGUUCCACAACACCAUCGUCUUUUGUGAGGUGAUCAUUUGCUCAUACGAGGUGGAAAUUAACCCUCUGAGUCUCUGAAGGAAAUUGAAAAUUAAUCAGCCUCAGAAAAGUUUAAUAGAAAUGCCAAAAACACACAUUGGAUUUGCUCAAAGAGUCUUUUUUCAAGGAGCAGGGACUCAGAGGUUUAUGUCUGGAUAGCUGUGGGCUCCUCCACUCUGUACGUUUUUGUUGUUUAUUCAUCAGCCUGUUUUCCUCGUUAGGAAAUUGAUCAGAGGGAUGAGCUGAUCAAAGACCUGGAGUCCCAGGUGGAGUGCCUCAGGAGUGAGCAAGAACGCCUGAAAAGGAACAAAGAGGAGGAGCUGGACCAGCUGAAUGCAGUCAUAGACAAACUCCAGCAGGAACUGGCCAAUAUUGAGCAUAAGACGGCCGCAGAGGAAGACGAGGACCUAAGAGCUGAGCCAGACAGCGCCUCAUGGGGGCCGAAUAAACAGGAAUUCGAUGAAAUGAAGCAAAAGACGGACCUGGCCACCAAAGAGCUGGACACACUCAAAACAGAGCACAGCAAGCUGUUGCAGACGUAUCUGCGUUUGAAAGAGAGCGCAGAAGCUUUGGCUGAGUCUGAAAAACAGGAGAGCUCUGAAGUGGAGCUGGAGGAAGCUCUCAGGGAAAAAACUGCAGGCCUUGUUGUCUUUCAGGCUCAGGUUCAAGCGUUAGAGCAGAGCGCAACAUCUAGAGUGGAAGAGCUGGAUUCCAGGAUCAGGGAGCUUGAGGUCACCGUCGAUGAAAAGGACAGAGAGCUGAGCCGCUGUCGUCUCCUGUUGGAGCAGACACAGAGCAAUGCAGACGGUCUCCAGGAGAGGGUCUCUAACUUGGAGACAAACCUGAGGGAAAAAGUGGCUGCAGCUCUCGUCAGCCAGGCCACACUGGAGGCCUUCCAGCAGCAGCAGCAGCAGACGCAGGAGUCCAAAGAAAACCAGGACCAGGAGAGACACGCUCAGCCACAUGUCUAUGACUUUGGUGACUUUGGUCUUCCCAAAAUGGACUUCAGCGGGAUUAGUCAAGCGAGUAAGGCUCCCACAGGCAAGGUGGUCCAUCUGACUCAGAGACUGCGGGAGCUGGAGGUGGGACUGAGUGGGAUGCAGAAGGACCAGGAGCUCCAGAAACAGCUUCUGUCCAGCUCUGAGGAGGAGGUGCUGGAGUACGAGAGGAGGCUGUCCGUGCUCAUGGAGCUGCUCAGUCAGAUGAAGGCCAAGACUCCACAGACGACUUCAUCUGCUGUGAGGGUAAGAAUCUGACCUGUCAGCAGAUGGAUCUUGUUUCUUAAAUUCCUCUAAACCUGUAGUAGUCAGUAUCCAGUUAAAACCAAGUCUGUUUUUUUUUACUUUUAUACCAGGCGUCCUCUGCUGAUCAGCAGCCGUCUGUGUCUGAAGUUCUUCAGGAGCUCCAGGAGGUCCGAAAUGAGGCCUCAGCCACCAAAGAGCAGCUGGAGAGCUACAAGGAGAGCUGCAGCAGACUGCAGGAGGAGCUCCAAGUACGUGUCUGCUCCUCUGUUUACACUUCUUCUGAGAGUAUUUGUAAUUUAUGGUUUGGUCAUGACUAACGUGCGCACUCUCUCCAGGAAAAAACUGUUACAGUAGAGAGACUGCAGGACCAACUCCAAAAGGUGUGUACGAGAACAUCCUGCAAAGUUUACUCGUUCAUAAAAAAGUGCUCUCUGGACUGAUGUUUGAACUUUGUCACUGUAGUUAUCAUCUGGAGGCGGUGAGGAAACCAGGAUGUCUGCGUUCAAACAGGAGUUAAAGGAGGCCCAGGCUGAGGCAGCUGCCACCAAAGAGGAGCUGAACAGCAGCAAGGAGAGUCUGGAGAAGCUGCAGGAGCUGCUGCAGGUAGAGAACAGAACCUCAGUAGUUUGAUUUUUCCAUUAUGCUUCAAAUUACUCAAACAAGCUCAUUUUAAAGGUUGAACUGUUCCUUUAAAUUAAGCCAAGAACUGUUUUAUUUAUACCAUCGGGGAUGAGUGAUUGCAUUUGUUUAAUGAAGUUGUUACUUCUACACAUUUUAAUUGCAUAUGAUGUUUCUUUACAGGAGCGGGAAAUGACUAUUGCUCAACUCAAAGCCGAACUUUUCCAGGUAAGUCAACAGCCAUGUUUUCAUGUGCAAAAUUUCUCGAUCAGAUGAAAAUUUUGAGGGAUCUGAUUAUCUGAAUCCACUGUUUAUAUGGGUGCAAAAUCAAAUAAUCCGAUCAGGACGUGUGUAUACAUUCACCGACCUUUAUUCAGAUUAGAAGCAUUUGGACAUGCACAGAGUUGUCAGAUUUCGCUUAAACAAACGCAAAAAAAGAGUUGUAUUUACACGCCUCCACAAACACGGUAGUGGCUCACUCCAUCGAAUUCAGGAGUUUUCCCCCUGUUAAAUAUUGUCACUAGAUGGCGCCCUUGCGUACUAAUUUUACUGCCCUGUCAAAGGUUGCUCUGCGCGUGCAGAUGUGACAUCAUUACUCUGUAUAUACACCUUCUUAUGUUACCGGAGGAGCAGACACGGCAUCUGUGGUUGUGUUUUAUGCCAGAGUGUUGAUAAUGAAAUGACCUCAAUAAAAAAGCGAAAGGCUAAAGAGUGAAGAUCGAGUCAGGUAAGAGAGUCACGAUCGGAAUAAGUGUUAACAUGGACGCGUUUCGGAAUAACGAUCGGCAUAAACCAUCCCUCUCGAUCGGAAUACAAUUUCUCUCAGAUUGAGCCGAAUUUGAUCAGAAUCUUCCGAUCGACAUGUACACAUGACGCAUUUUUAUUAGGAUCGGGCAUUUGUUCCGAUUAUUUGUGCUCAUGUAAACACAGCUAAUAAUGUACUGUUUUAUCUAUAUAUUCAUACUGAUACUCAUGUUAUUGAUACACAUGUUUUCACUAAGUAUUAAAACACCUGUCUGAUCAUCCUCAAGGUUAAAGCUAAUGAAGACUCAGACGGCCCGGCAGAGAUGCUGCAGGAGCUGGACGACCUCAGACAGGAUGCUGCCUCCACCAAAGAAGAACUGAACAGUUUCAGGCAGCACAACGAGAAACUACAGGAGGAGGUCCAUUCGCGAGAAGUUUCUAUUUCCAAGCUCGAAGACGAGCUCCGGGAGGUGAGGAAGAGUGUGGGUGCCACCAAAGAAGAACUCAGCAGCUACAGGCAGCACAAUGAGAAACUGCAGGAGGAGCUGCAUGUCCGUGAAGUUUCCAUUUCUAAGCUCAAAGAGGAGCUGCAGGAGGCACAGUUAGCUUUGGUAAAGGCAGCAGAUUCCAGUCCUCCGUCUCCCUCUCCAUCUCCUCAGCCUCUCCUCUCUGCUUCCUCCUCCUCCUCCUCUGCUGCUCAGCCUAAACGGAAGGGAGGGAAACAGCCGGCCGCUAAGGGAAGCAGCACCAAAGAUAAACAGUCUCUCUCCAGGAAAUCCUCCGGCAACUCCAGCCAGUCCUCCAACAAAUCUCACAGCUCUCGACUGAACAGCAGCUCUGAGCAGCAGCAGCAGCAGCAGGUGGAUGUAAUACACUCGUCCACGCAGACUGAACCUCUCCAAGCUGUGGAUUUUGAUUUGGAAGGCGGGUGUACAGCCAAAGACGAGGUGGAGGAGGUGAUCGGGGAGUUCCAGGAGAAGAUCGUACAAAUGCAGGAGCUGCACGCGGCAGAGAUCCUGGACAUGGAGGCCCGGCACAUUUCAGAGAGUGAGGGCCUCCGCAGAGACGCACAGGCUGCAGAGGACGAGUGUAAGGCCCUGAAGGCUGUCAUCGAUAAGCUGCGCACCACAGAGGUGAGGACGAGGGACAAUGACCGAAACUCUUCCUGUGUACUCAUACUUUAAAACACAAUUUUAUACUUUUAAACUCAGUCUACUUUUUAUUUUUAGAGGAGAAUCAAAGUAAAAAGUUUUUAACUUAAUAUCCAGACUUUAGCUGCAUGCUAUCCUUUCACUUCUUUAUGUCAUCUGAUCUUUAUAGAAAAGUAUUCUGACUUACAAAAUGUCAAAGGAAGCAGGUGAUCGUGAUAAAUGCAACAAGACUUUCCUCUAAAUCAUGUUGAUUCCUUUCCAGGCUCCUUCAUCGAGACAAGAGCGCUCCACACACCAGUUCAAAGACGGCUACACAAGCGGUACGGUUUACUUUAAAUGAGAUGCUGCACUUUUAUUUUUCAUAAUUCAGGGAUAAAGGGUGAAAGGAGUUUGUCAUUUUAGGCUCAUUUUACACAUUUGCUCUGAUAUCUCUUUCAUCGUUUUGAUUUGGUCCUCUUACAGACAGCAGUUCAGACUACAGUCAGCGGACAGGUUUUGAUGUCACCAGUUUACAGCAGGAGUUCAGGACGACUCCAGAAGGUGCCAGAAGAGAAACAGAUGAUCCGCUGCCUGACCGAAUCAAGGUACGAAUUAUUUCUCUAAGUAUAAGUGAUCUCUGUAUCUUUCCUUUUUAAACUGGAGGGAUGAAACAUGAUUCAUGUUCUUUCUUUCUCUGUGUAGACUCUGCUCCGUGAGGUGCACCAGGAGGGCAUGCAGGUGCUCUCUCUGUCAGAGCUUCCUCUCUCUGAAGGCGAACCAGGCAGCCAGUUUAACACCCAGGGCUGGGUGAAGGAGAGAGACGCCUUACUGGCAACUGUGGAGUCUCUCAAAGGCCUCAUCACACAGAUGCAGACACACAGAGACACACAGGUGAGAGGAAAGACCCACUUCCUGUAUGACACCUGGGUGAGCGCUCAAAAACAUCAUGUUUAAUAUCAACCUGCAGUCUGCUGCUCUCACUUUUAUUUUUCACACUGUUGAAGAUUUUCUAAGCGUGUGUUUUUAACCUGCGUUUCCCUGCUUUGCUGCAGACGUCAGGAGGAGAGGACUGGCGAGGAGAGCUGCUGGACGCGGUGCAGCAGGUGUUCACAAGGGAGCGUGGCGUACUCAAGAGCGCCCUCUACAGCCAGCUGGACCAGCUGGACACCAACGAUGCCAUCAUUCACCUCAACCAGCUGGAGCGCAGACUGGCUGAACAGGUUGGAAAAAUAAACCUCCUAAUCCGUCACAUGGCGCUUAAUUCACAUCUGAUCAAGAUGACUCUCCUGUGUUCACGUUAAAACUGUGAGAUUUGAUGAGGAUGGAAUUAAAACGUUUAAGACUUGUUUGUAUUUGGGUGAAAUCUAACCUUAAUGGUGGGUAAAGAUGUAUCAACAUGACAGUCUUUAAGCUAAAUUUUCUUAAUUAUUCAUGUAUCGAACUUUUCAAAAAGUGGCAAAUACAAAGCAAACAGAUUUCACAAAAAAAUUCUGCUUAAAUUGAUAUAAGCUAAAACUAGAAACUUUAAUCUAAACAGAGAGGCAAGUUGUGUUUUUUAUUUUAUAAUCAGAAAGUUUAAAAACAGAUCAAACAGAUCUGUACUCACAUAAAACUGAGUGCACCUUUCUUCACAGCCUCAGAAGUUUGUUUGGAAACUUAAUCAGAUAUAUUUUUUCGAAACCUUUCAUAACCUGUAACUUUUAUUUAGUGUCUUGCUUUUACCUAAAAUAUGACAUACAUAUUACUGGACCACAACAGCGGUUUUUCCUCGAUCAGUUGUGCUGCUUUGGUAACAAAUAACAUGUUGUUUUUUGUGAUUUUGAUCCAGGAUGCCCAGCACAGAGAGGCGAUGGGCUCGCUCCACUCUGCAGACAGAUCUAGUCUCUUCUCUGAAGUCCAGCAGCUCCGCGGGCAACUGGAGCAACUUCAUCAUCAAGGUGAACCGGCUUUUCCAAAAUCCAGUGAAACCCAUUUUUAUUCUGCUGGUGAUUUUCCUGAAUAUUUUCAGAUCAGGGAAAGGAUUUAAUGUUUAUAGUUGGGUGUUUUUUUUCACCUGGUUUCACAGUUUUCUACUUUUCUUCAUCAGGUGGCCCGUCUGCUGCAUCAUUAAGUGAAUCCGGUGUGAGGGAGCAAAGGGAAGGAGGAGGAGUUCGUGGAGGAGGAGUUCGUGGAGCUUCAGAGGCAGACCGGCUGCUGGUGGAGGAGCUAAAGGCUGAACUUUCCCAGACUAAACUGGAGCUGGAGACGACUCUGAAGACUCAGCACAAACACCUCAAAGAGCUGGACACUCUCAGGUCAGACAUGUUUGAUAGAUAGAUGCAGAUAGAUCCUCUCCAACACAUGAGCGGUCAGAAAAAGGAAAGAAAAAAGUGACUAUACUAGACUGUAACUGAGACGAAUGUUUGACUCUGAUAACAGGGCCGAGGUGUCACAGAAGGCUGCUGAGGUGGACACCAUGAACGAUCAGCUGACAGAAGAGAGGAAGAGGAGCAGAGAUCUUCAGUGGGCCGUGGAGAAGGAGAAGUGUCGAACAGGGAGAGAUGAGGAGAGUAAAAAAGAAGAGCUGGAGGUAAGAAAGUCCUGUAGACUUCAAAUCAAUCAGUGCAGUCUCAGUCCUCAUAUCGUGAUUCUGUGAAUUAAAUGUCUAUUUCCAUCUACCUUCAAGGAUCUACAUCUCAGUCUGGAGGAGCAAAAGGGCCACGUAGCCGAGCUGACCCAGACCCUGGAUCAGGAGCGUCAGUCCUCCUCUCAGAUGUCCCAGCAGGUCGAACAGGAGCGACUGAGCCUCCACAGACAAAUCCAGGAGCUCCAGGUGCAGCUUGAGACAGAGCGCGCAAAGACCCUCGAGAUGAGCACCGCGCUGGGGAGGGAGAAGGAGCUGCGGACGAGCGGACCCUCGGACGGCAGGUCCCCCAAAGUGGCCGAGGAGGAAGAGGGUAGUCUGCUGGAGAGACUGCAGAGGGAGCUGGAUGACAAACACGCACAGGUGGGAUGUUUGUGUUCGUCUGUACACAACGAGAAUUAUUCUAGAGGUCCACGAUACUCAGGAGAAGAAGUACUAACAUAAUGCUUAAAUUCAAAUUAAGAGUGAUUUUUUUAUCGCUUAAUUUUGAUGUUAGACCUCCUGUCAAACUUUUUCAUAUUAAUCUACUUAUUUAUUAACAUUUAAAGACACUAUGGCGGUGAUUUAACUUUGAUUUUUUGAGGCUGGUGAGUCACCUGAAGAACUUAAGCUGAUUAAAACUUCAUUAAAACUUCUCAUUUUACCUCAAAGUUUUGAUUCAGGGCCAUAUUUCUCCACAAAUACUGUACUUCUCUUCGUUUUGUGUCUCCAGGUGGUGCGUCUGCUGAGUCAGGUGGAGGCGCAGAAGCUGGAGGUGGUUCGAAAGGAGGAGCAGCUGACUCUGGGGAGUCAGCGAUCCAGGCGAGACCAGGGGACGCUCCAGGACGCACAGACCCAGCUGGAGAGGCUGAAGGCGCAAAUGUCUGACACUCAAGAGCAGCUGGAGAGAGAGACGGAGAAGAGGAAGGGUCUGGAGGAAGAGAGGGAGAGACUGGAGGAGCGGCUGAACCAGUUAGGAGGCCAGAGAGGAGCUGAUGGCCCCAGUGUGAGUGUAAUCACUAUUAAUAUUCUUCAUAAAACACUUCUGUCUUUGUGUAAUUCAUGAAAUUAGAAAGAUUUAAUUGGUGUUUUUAUCUGAACAGCAGGCAGCCUGGCACAGUGAGUCCACCGACCGCACCAAAGACUGGGUCUUCCAGCAGAAGUCUGGGAAUGUCCAGGCAACAAGCUCCGGUACGUCUCCGGCCAGCCAGAAGAUCCUCGGAAAACUCCACCUCAUUUCCUCCAAGAUCCGCAGCAUGGCGGCCAAGAACACCGGCAGGUAAUCCAACAGUUUGAUUAUAAAGGUUAUGAUAUUUGAUAUUAAAAAAGUUAAUAACUGAUUAUUGUUGUACCUUCUGUGUGAACAGGAUGACGGCAGAGGUCGACACUGAGGAGUUAUCCUGGGUUCAGUCCAAUAUUGAUGAGGUCAUCGCUAUGCUGCAGCAAUCCACCGGUCUGCCCCCCAUCCCUGAGGUCAGAAAUACUUUUAAUGUGUUGUACCUCAAGAGUAAGUUUAGUUUUAAUGGAUGAUACACAGAAGAAAAGAUCAAUAAAUGAUCUUAUCUAAGGUGACCAUAUUCUGACCUCCCAAAAAGAGGACAUGACUGUGAGGGGGCGCAGUCACGGAGUCAUAAAAAGUUGAUAAUGAGAGUUUUUCGGGUCAGUUAAAAGCCUCUAACUCAGUAACACAAAAUCAAAACUCUCGUACAAAACCUCAGACAUUUGAAGGAUUUUGUUUAUGAACUUCCCUCGACAAAGCCGGACAGCCCCCAAAAAGAGGACAAGUCAGAGUAAAAGAGGACGUAUGGUCAACCUAACACAGACAGACUCAGAUCAGAUAUUUAUUUUCCCAAAUGUCUGUUAUAUCUGUUGAGCUCCACACGGUCGUGACGGCUCGCCUGUCUCCUUCGCAGAGCGUGUCCCUGCUGGCAGGAGGCUCCUCCAGCUCCUCCAACUCCCUGACGGAGCGGCUGCUGAGGCAGAACGCUGAGCUGACGGGAUUCGUCAGCCGUCUGACUGAAGAGAAGAACGACCUGAGGAACCACACGCUCCGCCUGGAGGAGGAGCUGCGACGACACCGUCAGGCUGAGCUGGGUUCAGGCGACAUUGUGAGUAAAGAUUUUAGUCGAAUGUUCUGCCGUUUCAUGAGGAAGACUCGGACCUUGGACUGCUUUGAUUGAUUUGAUUUUCCCUCCAGCAGCUCAGCAUCAGGAGAGGAUCGAACAAGGGAGACUCUGCAAGUUUGCUGCUUUCUCAGGAGCGUGAGGCUUGGAGCAGAGAGAAGCUUCGCCUGGAGAAAGCUUUGCAUCAAUCCCAGGCCCAAGUGGCCCGACUCAGGGGAGAGAUCAGGACUGAAACUCUGAGAGAGGUCACUGGUCCUGAGGCUGACAAUGCUGCACUGAAGGUCAGCCACAUUAUAUUCUUUUUAAUUCACUGAACCGUAUCUAAAAAAUGAGCCUGCAGUUCCACCUAAAACGCUCACGAUAUUCCUUCUCGUUUCUAGAGAAUUUACGGAAAGUACUUGAGGUCAGAAAGCUUCCGCAAAGCUCUCAUCUAUCAGAAGAAGUAUCUGCUGUUACUGCUGGGCGGCUUCCAGGAGUGUGAGGAGGCCACACUCUUGCUCCUCACCAGGAUGGGAAGCCGGCCGUCCAUCUCCAGCCUAGACUCCCUCAGCCAGCGCCGCCGGGGGCUGAUGCGCUUCCGCUCUGCUGUCCGAGUCUCCAUCGCUCUGUCCAGGUAGAUCCCUGAAUCUCACGUAAAAUCCACACUUGAACAUUAAUUUUUGAAAGUUUUUUUACAAACUAAAAGCCACCUGCUGUGUUUCAGAAUGCGUUUCCUGGUCAAGCGAUGGCACAAAGCGACGGGGAUGAGCCCCUCGGCCUCCUGCAGCAUCAACAAGAACGGAGCAGGUCAAACAUUAGGUAAUCAGGGGAUGUUGCUUUGACUUGUUGGCUCAUUAUAAACUCCCGAGACGUCACGCUAACUUUAUAAUUUCUGCGUUUUCUCAGGUACAGAGCUGAGAGACUCUCCUUAUCUGCACCCGGGCAAUGUGGAGAUUUACAGAGACAGAGGAGGGAGUGGAGGGGGAGGAGGGGCUCCUAGCAGCAGGGGGAGAAGUGGGCGUGAGUCGCCCAGAUCGGCAUCAGCUGUCUCCUCUACACACCACAGGUACGUCACUGUAAUCAUGUAAUCAUACAGUCAUGUUUACCAGUAUUUCUAUAACCCUUUCAUGCAAAAAUCUAAAUUAAAAGUUAACAAAGAUAUUUAUUCAUUUAUCUCGUUUUAUAGAUCAGAUGUUUUUGGAAACUGAUAAACCGCAAGAGGACAUUUUUUUCAUUUAUCGGACUGUAUUCUGGUGUUUUUUUAGUAAUUGAUGUAAUUAAUUUGUUGAUCAUAUUGAUUUGAUAGAAGUGUCAUAAAAGUAUGUAUAUACUUUUAUACAAAAGGCAUUAAAGGGAUAAAAUUCUUUUCUACACAACAACCUCUCCCAUCUUCUUCUGUGCAACCUCUCACUUAAUGCAAAUACAUUUUAUUCUAAUUCCAUGCACUCUUUAUUGUUUGAGUUAAAUGCCAGAAAUAAGGGCCCUCAGUGGUGAAAUAUUGCAGUAGUAAUACUGUGUUACCGACAUGCUGCUUUGUCUGUGUUGUGUAGGUUUCACAUGGCUGGAGACCCUGGAGCUCUCACCUGUUCCCAUCUGCAGAACUACGACCCUGACAGAGCGCUCACCGACUACAUCUCCAGACUGGAGGCUCUGCAGAGGAGGCUGGGGAGUGUGACUUCAGGUAACAGACUGUGUGGUAGUCUUGAUCAUUCAACACUAGUUAGUUAGUUACUUACUUACUUACUUACUUACUUACUUACUUAGUAUGUAUGUACAACACAUUUUUUCUCCUUUCCCAGGCCUUACAAAUAAAGUUAGCUGUAUAAAAAAUUCCUAUUUUAAAACACAAUUCAACUUUCCCAUAAUCAUCUAAGUGAAAGAAAUCAUUGGAUAACAAACUCAUUUUCUUGAAGAAUAUAUGUCUAAAUUCAUCAUACAAAGGACAAAAAAAACAUGAAAUGAAUCUCAUUUGAACGGGCAAAGUCUUGGUUCCCCUGGUACAAAACUAAACCUGCCUGCCUAAUGGCCAGUGGUAAAGUGCCCGAAUGCAACUGAGCACAAAAAGAUCUUUGAGUUUUAGUUAUAUUUUGUUCAACAUAUUUUCCACUGCAUAUAUGUUUUAAAAUAGUGAGAACUCAGUAGAGGUGUAGAAAAGAGAUACAUAUUUAUAGCAUCUUUAAAUUCCUUCUGAUGACCAGUUUGUUGUUUUUCUCUGCUACUUGUCAAUCAAACACUGGGAAACUUUCAUAAUUAAAAUGAUUUCUUGUUAUAUAUUUAUAUUUAGAUGAAAUAAAAAUAUGUCACUGAGUCAUAUUAACUGGAAAUAUUUUUUUAUCUGACAUCAGUCCAACAGCAUCUAGAAUUUAAAGAUACAGUUGUUUUAAUAAUAAUAAUUGUUCAUAUAUAUGUUUGUAACCACCAUCUGUGAUCAUUUGACUGAUGCAGAGAAUGUGGAUAUUACAGCCCACUCUGCUAUAAGUGUCUCUGUUUACUGAAAUGAAGUCAACAGAGAACCUACUUACAAGACCUAAUACAUAAUAAGUGAUCGCACCAGAUAACAGAAAGAGUUAAAACUGAACUUUGUUUCCUGCUCUGUUGAAAAAGGUCAGCCCUGAACUCAACGACACAAUCAGCAUCAAAAUAACCUCAACUCCCGCUCUCUCUCUCUCCCCGCAGGUGCUUCUUCGUACGCUCAAUUGCACUUUGGUUUGAGAAGAUAGAUGCCGUGGAGAUACUUUGGCUUGAAGAAACUCAGUUGCCUUUUCUCGUGCUGAGCGCUCUACUGUUUUCUACCCGUCAGGUGUGGACUGUUUGUCUCCAUAUGGACCAAAACCCAUUUUUUUAUUAGUGUACGACAUCUUGUAUUCAGGCUAUUUGUCGCCAGCACUUGAAAAACAGCUAUGUUAGUAAUUGAAUCUGCCUCUCUGUUGUGGAUGAGCAACAAUCAUGUAUAUUUGUCUGAUAAUAAUUUAAGACUUGUGAUUAAUUUAUAUGUUUGUGUGGUAUGGGUGAAGCGUACUGUGGAGAAUGUUUGAGUUUCUUGUUGAGGAGGCUGCUGCUGGAUGUUCUACACUACACUGUGUUUUGUUUAGGCCAGACAGACUACAGAGGACAUUUGUAGAGAACGUAUUUUUGUAAAGUGUAGGAGCUUUGAAUUUUCUGGGUAUUUUGUCAAAAACUAAAAUAAAGAGGAAUACUUAUUUGAAAGAAAA